CUCUGCUCUGCAGGAUCCCUCCCUGCUCUGAACAUGCUGAACUGCCUCCCAACCCACUGCUAUUGGUGAGCCCGGCCAGUCACAUGUCCCUGUAAUCUGCAAUCUCAGGCUCUGUGUACAGUUUCACUAAAGGCUGUGAAUCUUUCCUGGACUGCCAAUACUCCUCAGCAGGAUCCAAGAGUCUCUAUAGAAAGAAAACCUGACCCAGUCUAGCUUUGCAUGACAAAGGCUUCCAAGUGGAUACAAUGUAUUUCUCACUUAUCCUCACUUUCCUGUGUUCCUGGCAUAUUCUGACUGCUCAAGGUAAGUCUAGAGUAGACCUUGUGACUUUUAUUUUUGGAACACUGGCUACUUCAGUUUGUGUGGACUGACACUUCGAGAACAGAAUCACUUGUCAACACGUGUCAAUAUUACUCCAUCAAUAUGUAGUCAUUUCUAGGCACAAACCUCAUGUUGUGUUUUAUUAUAUCUUGCUUGUCUUAAACCGCUUCUGCUACAAAGCUGCUUAGUUAUUCUAUUCAUUUAACCCCUUCCAGGUUCUUGUUUGAGUUUGUUUUGAAUGAACCCACGAAGCUGUGUCCAGUGCAUAUAGCUCGGUUGUAUAAUUGCAUGGAUGAUUAGAUUAUAUGUAGCUGUAGUCUCUUUACAAUGUACACAUUCAUUCAAAAAGCGUUAAACCAGGAAUGGAAAUAUUUCUCCGGAAUUAAACCGCAUUACAAGGAAUUAUCCUGAGAUUAUAAAACGAUUCAUUGUCAGAAGCCUGGCAACAGUUACACGGAGGUCACAUCAUACAAUGUAUGGACAUAGGAAUUCCACAUUCCUUUUUAAAUUUCCUCUUGGGUGCAAUGAACUUUAUUUCAUUUUGACUAAAGAAUGUGUUUUUUAUACUGAAGCAUCCCUGACAACUAAUUGGGCGUUGUGUUGUGUGAGAUCAUGUUAGAAACAGACUGGCCUAUAGGAGAAGCCAACAUGCAGUAACUUGUAUGUCUGCUUAGUAAUAGUAAUGGAUUGUUACUGGGCAGAAGCCCUUUGUUUAUAGUUCUUAGUAUUUUAUAUCUAAUAAAACAGCAUGUGUGGAGACAAAUGCUGUCACUGCCUCCCAUUGCAUGAUCCCAUUGCUUUCUGUUAACAUUGGAGGAUAGAACAUAGAAGCAAUUAUGGAGCAACAAUUUAUAAAUAGACCAUUUAUCAUAAAAAUGGAUGGUAUUUACCUGCUAAAUAUAUAUAAAUAUAUAUAUAUACACACACACACACACACACACACACACACACACACACACACACACACACAUCCUGUUUCUGCACUGACAGCAUUCAAUUAUACCUGACAAUGUCUAGACUCUUACCUAGUUUCAGUGCUAUUAUUGUGGUACUUGUAAUUCUAUUUAUAAUUCCACAGGCAGGACUGGAUUUACAGGUGAUCUGUCACUAAGACGCAUUAGAACCCAACAGAAGGUGUCAUCAAUGUGAUUUCACUUUUCUUUGGGCAUGUUCAAUUCUAUAUUGUGUAUUUAUCCAGAAUGUCACCUGUGCAUUCUGUACUAAAUGUAAUACUCCGCCUCAUUUUAUAGACCUACCUCACCCUUUCUCCCUCAUUCAAAAUUUUAUAACACUUCUUCUUCAUUUCACUUUCCCUCCAAAAUACCUGUUUCAUAUCCUCCUCGUUUACAUUUAAUAUUCUCAUUGCAUAUACUUCCAGAACACCAUUUAAUAUCACCUCAUUUCCAUUUUCCUCAUUCAAAUACCUCCAUCAAAAAACACAUUUCAUAUAUUUUCUUGAAUUCUCACUUCAUAUUUCCAUGACAUACUGCCAUUAUGCUCAUUUCAUAUUCUUUCUCAUCUUACCUAUCUUAUAUACUCUUCCCUCAUAUCAUCAUCAUCUCAUACACCUCCCAUACUGUCCCCUAGAAUGGCCGCAGUAAAUAGUUUUCAUACCUGAUGCACACACACAGCCUACUAAUGCUUUUAUUGUUCCUAUUACCCAAGCUAGCUCUGUGCCAUCUGUCUGCAGCUGGCACAGUGCCAACUGCAGACUUAGCUGAGCACUGACCAAUGCAGAGGACGCAUGGAAAAAUGGUGCAGGCAAUGCCCAUAGCAUCACUUUAUGCUGUGCAUCUACGGCCCUCUCUGAUGAUGUCAGUGUAAAUGUUGAAUGCAGCACAGAUAAAAGUAGAUGCAAUUAAUAAAUCACCUUAACAUUAUAAUCAACCCAAUUGCAUUUUGAGUUUUAAAUGUACACAAGGACAUGGACACUUCUGUCGUAACAAUUCUGUAUCACAUUUUACUAGGAGACAUCAGUUGGUGUGAAAUUAGUAGGCAGGUAGAUAUCUGCUGGCUGAAUAUGAGCUUUGCUGGGUUAUAUCUAUUCUCUCUUUUCAUAUAAAGAAACAGACUGUCUGUAUAUAACACACUAUAUAAUGCUACUGUGCAGGUCACCUUGUAAGUUUUGUUUCAUUAAAUGGUGAGAUUAUAACCAAGUUGCAAUAUUUAGACUAAAAUAGACAAGUUUGAAAGUAUAAUUUGGAGAUUUUUUUCACCUUGACUAUUUUGGUCUAAAUUGUGCAAGCUGAUUGUCUGCUCAUCGUAGAGCACCAUUUAAUGAUGUUAUGGAACACAUUUGUGAUCCUCCAACACCAGAGCAUCUUUUACAGGUGUCCCAGUUGUUCCACACUGACAAAUCUAGCUCUGAAUUCUAAGGGAUCUGCAGACCUCCCUACCCCAUUUGCUUCUAAAUUCCCUAGUAAUUGUUCUGAAAUAUGGGUAGGAAUAGUGCAUUAUUGUUGCAGUGUAAGCAUGCAGAAGCCAAACACAGAAAUAUUGGACACAGGUCUUCAGGAAGUAACAGGCCUUUAUUCACAUUACCGAUCGGGUCUCAGAUGAACUCCUGUUCCAACAUUCUGAGAGACCAACACAUAGUGUACAUUCCUUAUAUAGCACUAUAACUCCUCCCAUUAAUAGCUACACCCACAUAUACCUUUAACCAAUCAAUGAGCAGAAUAUAGACUUGUACAUCUAGUCAAACCACAUGGCUCAUCCAAGACAAAGGAAAUAAGUGCAAUUUCAGUUCCUGCAUUCCUGCACAUGCUCAGUACACUGAUGACAGUAUCCUAGCUACAUGUAGCUAACCAACUGACACAACAUACACAUAUGCCACAUGGAGAUUUUGGCCUACUAAAUUUUGACCAUGCUGGGAUCCCAUCACAUUCCCCCCUUUGAUGCCUCUGAUAUAACAUUAUUCCAGAUGCAUCACCAAUCACAGUUUUACCUACAUCUCUCAAGUAGCCAUUGAACCAGAGUAGACCUUGUAAGCAUCUUAAAAACUCCUUCAACAUUCUUCAUCCUAAAUAUAUUCUCUUCGGGCUAGGGGAUCAUAUCUUCCAGACAGCCAUUACAUGGGCAGCUGUCUUUCUCUCUAUAGUACUCUCUAUAAUGCUACGUAGGGACCUUACCACUAGUGGAAUUAGACAGGGCAGGAGGAGGCACAAAAAAAAAAAAUAAUAAAUUCUACUCCUCCUACUAAUGUCUUAAUUCCUCCAAGCUGCUCAUACCAACUUCCAAACCAACUACUUAGGUUAUACCCAUUCCAGACCUGAGUAGGUACAUGCUCAAAUUUAACCAUGUGGCUUGUAAGUUCAGCCACUGCCUGCCCUUCAUCAUCUAUGUGCAGACAACAGUUACUUAGAUUAAACUUUCCGCAUACACCUCCUUCUACUGCUAGUAAGUAAUCAAGGGCUAGCCUAUUCUGGUAUAUGGCUGAUCACAUCUUGGUAUUUUGCUUAGCUAGAAGAUUAAGCACUUGAGCUGUGUCAUUAGUAAUAAUCUCAACUACCGCCCGUAGUCUAAUAAUGCGGUUGAGCAUAUAUAAUCGGAGUUCUAUAUCCAUAAGUGCCAUCUUCUGCCCAAGUAGUAGGUCCAUAAUAAUUAAUAAUACGUUGAGGGGGCCACUCAUUAUCUUCCCAGCUACCUGUAUUCAAGGAUGCUCUCUCCCUUUUAUGAUUUACAUCGUAAACCUUAACUCCCAAGGUCUCUCCUGUUUCGAUUGGCAACAAGAAGAAGGAUGGCUUUGGCAUACCUAAUACACAUGCCCCUUCCCAAUCUUGUGGUAACUCCGAAUAAGUUUUCUUACCACAGAUCCAGUAUAAAUUUGCUGGGGCUUUCCAACUAGAUGUAGCCGAUAAGUCAAACCAUACCUCCUUUAAAUGAGUGUAAUUGGCAAACGGAUUAGUAGGUUCCGAGACAUUUGAAGCUGACCACCAAGUAGUAUUUUUAGUAUUAACAUUAUAGGCUUUUUGUCCCAAGCAAGUUAGCUCACCUACAGACGUGUUAUACAUUGUCCCUUUCCUGGCUAUACAAACAUGACCUAUAAUGGAGGUUUUUAACCACCAUUCCAAUUUACUUCUAGUACUUACUUGAUGAUCAGACUGGAAAGGUAUCUGUUGUUCAUAUGUCUCAGAGCCAGGGUACCAUAUUUCCUUUGCCUCCCAUGGCCACUGGUCUCCCAUAUUAGUACCUCCACACACAUAGCAAUUAGUUACAUUAAGACUACCUGCAAUACCCUCAGCCAAAUCAAUAAAUAGGUUGUUAACAUUAUGGGGAAUUUUAUCCUCAAUACUCAUCUCCUCAUAGAAGGAAUGAGAAACCUGAUGAGUUUGAGUUGCCACUGUCUCAGAGCCAAGACCUACAUAUAUUAUUGUUCCUGAAUCUACUCCUGUGCCAUAUAUUUGAAACCCAAACAGACCUCCAAACCUGUCAAUAAAGUACUGCAGAUUGGAAAUGGUCAUGUGAACGGGGUUACACACAUAGUUUUACAGUAUGGUGUGGUAGGCAACCUUUGGAUAAUCAUAUCUUGAUCCACUGUUUUUCCCAGGUUGCCCAACCUACACAUGACAAAUAGGGGCAGAAGUUAGUCUCUAUUUGGGCAAUCAGGAUCAGUAGAUCUUAUACUGGGACAUAAGUAUUUAUCAUUAAACCCAUAAGUUCGUUCCCAUUUAAGAUUACCACAUACAUUCCAAAGUCUUCCACUACCCGAAAUCGCCUUACAUGCAUCAAAUAGUAGAAUACCCGUGGAAUGUAUGGUGCUUAUCACAGUCCUAUUUAGUAAUGUCCCCUGGGAGUUACUAUUCCGAAUUACCAACCAAAUUGUACGGGGUUGGAAAUGGGGAUCAAAACAUUUAGACUCUCCUGAUAUUGGCUUGCACACACUAUAAUCAAUAUCCAAAUAUCUACAUUUAGAUACAGAUCCCUUACAUUCAUACUGUGAGUGCCAGAUGAGAGUUUGGGAUAUUUGGUUACCUGUUUUAGUAGUCUUAAUGCAACUAUCGCAAUUCGGUAUGUCUGUACUCCUACCUUCCUGAAAAAUCAUAAAAAUACUAAGACACAAUAAAACACAUUAUUCCUGAAAUCCUCAUUUUUCUUCAACCGUGCGAUGGCCUCUCAGCUUCCCGAUUGUGAGGGCUGCAAGGAUGUUGUUCUUCUGAUCCUCACUUUCCUUCACAGAGAUCCCUUCAAGAUACUCUGGCUAUGACACGUAGGCAGGUGGUCAGGCUUUAUUAUGGCCGUCAAAACACCUACUUGAUGAUCUUUGUAGACUUUUAAUUAGAAUGUCUCGAUAUCCCCUCGUCACUCCGACUGAGUUGCACGCUUCAACCGGGUCCUGCAAGGAUUCUCAGGAUCUGGAGUAGUUUGCCAAGAGUCUGCUGCUGGUUUAACCUUAGAAUGAUGAAUCCAAGGAGUCACUUCCGCCACCUUUACAGCUGUUGGGGUAGAUAAAAGAACAACAUACAAAGGCUAACAGGAUACACCCCGAGCUUUAACUCAAUAUGUAUUGGUGGGAUAUUACGAGCAAGUCCUGGAGGAUUAUUUUCUUCCCAUACUCCUGGAAUGUCAAAUAAGGAUUCAUCACUCUUAGGGUUAACACUUGUCACUAUGGAAUAGAAGCGUCAUUCUUCUUCCCUUGGCACCGAUAUCGCCAUUAUGCCUGGUAAUCCCUUAAACUUCAGAGAUGUUAAUCCAUUAGGUAAAAGGUUAUCUGAGCUUAAAGCUUCGAUAAUAGAUCUCGUCCUAAAAGUUGAAUCGGACACUCUGGCAUAUAUAGGAACUAAUGCUUCACCACAUGGCCUCCCAGAAUACAAGUGCGACUCUUAAGAACCGGUCUAGCUGCACUUCUCCCAGUAGCUCCUAUCACAGUUAUAGUCUUCCCCGAAGGCGGAGCCACCAUCUUAGUCACCACAGAAUGUUCAGCACCUGUGUCGAUCAUGAAAGAACUUCUCUUUCCCCCUAUUGCUACAUCGACCAUAGGCUCCGCUCGACCAAGUGGGAUGGAGCCCAGUCGGUAUCAAUAGUCUUCCAUGAUAGUGUCAGCCAGACCCACAAAAUCUCUAUCCUCUCUUUCUCUAGGUCUCUGCGUGGGUGGAUAGUAUCUGUCUCCUUGAACACUUCCUCUACUAUUCCCAUCAUUCCCUCUAAAACUUCCUCUUACUCUAUAACUACCACUAUAACCUCCUCGUACCCUUCUCUCUCCUUGUCUAUCACCUUCAUACUGCUCUCUCUGUGGACACUCACUCUUCCAAUGUCCCUCCUUUCUACAAUACGCACAUUAAUUCCUACUUAAAGUCCCUUGCUCAGCCUAUUCUCGUCUCCUCUAUUCACUUCCCUGUCUUUCUACACUUAAGAUAGCUACCGCUAGCAUAUCUGCCUUUUUCCUCAUUUUACGCUCUUCCUCCAUCUCCCUAUUCAUAUAUACUGUAUUUGCAAUCUCCAUUAGCUGUAUUAUGGACAUCCCUACAAAUCCCUCUAAUUUUCUGUAAUUUCCUUUUACUAUCACCUUGGGCCUGGCUGACAAAUGCUGAGUCUAUCAUUCGGAAGUUUUCAGGGGCCUCUGGAUUAAAGGGAGUAUACAACCUAUUUGACUCAAGCAGUGUCUAAUAUGGGACUUCGGCAAAGCUGCCCAAUAAUAGGUUCCAGUAUAGGAGUAGUAAGAUAAGUGUAAGGGGGUGAGCUAAUUUUAUUAGUCGGCAUUUGGUGGAUGAAAAAACGUUUUUGUUUAAAGUGUUAAACCAAAAACCUACCAGUAGGUGUCACCAGAGGGUAAUUGUAUCAAAAUAAUCUUUAUGGGUCUAAUAAGAAAACUCAACUUUUAAUAUAUUUAUACAUAAAAUAAAACCUUAUAGCAAUAAAUAUAUUAAAAUAGGGUAAGCAAUCCUACAUCUAUCUGUUAUAAACAAUGUAUUAUCAAUGUAACUCCCGAAGAUGGCCAGUAGGUGGCCUAGAGUGCCUCCCUAAAGUCAAAUGAAACAAAUAGACUUUAAUUAAUUAUGUCAUAUUUUAUUAUUACUUAUUUUAAUCAAUGUCCACCCUGCUAGCUAGGCUUGAUUAAAUCUUUAGUUCUAAGGUAAAUUAAACAUUUCAGUUUGUAGUUUAGUAAAAAGGGGACAUUUUGGACAAAGCUGGGAGGGGCCCAUCCAGUAACUAAAAAAACCAAUAUACCAUCUGAUACCAUUGAUCAUUGAUUAGGGGGAGGGGUAGUACAGAAAUACAAGAGUUUGAAACACAGGAACAGAUAGGUAUGUGGGUAGGCGGGGACAGUAGAGCAGGGGGAGUGCAAAUACUGACUAUAUACCAGUUUUGGGAGUAAGAAAUGGGCGUGGCUACUCUGGCUCUGGAGGAUGUUUGGGGGGUUGGUAAUCAGAUGCCAGGGGGGGAGGGGAUGUCCAAAGCAGUUGUAAUUAAGUCCUUAGUUCUGACCACCAUAUGGCUACAUUGUUUCCCAUAUGACAAUUUAAUUCACCAAGGCAAUUUUUCAACAAAUCAGUUUCCAACAGUCAAUAUAUAGAAACUGAUCAUAGAAUUCCAGCCUACUAGUUACAGCCACAUGUACACCCUGCACUAAAUUUAAGUGAAGACUGCUACAUGGAGGCCAUGCAGCCACCAGGACAAGCUACUCCCUACUUUUUUUUUUUUUUUAAACAUACAAGACAAAGCCUUGUGAAUCAGAAGAUUAUUUCAACAGAGCAUCUGAUUCAAAAAGCUGUACAAAUAUACACACAGUUUCAACAGUCACACCAAUCUCCUUAUCACCAGCAACACAUUGCACAGUCACUAGGCCCAAACACACACACAGGAUCCUCACAUGCUCAACAAUAUCACGACGUCGCACACACGAAAUUAAAUAAAAAAAAACCACCAAAGACUAUACACUUAUCAAUGUAACUAUUAUUCAAACCAUACAACUAUCCACGCUAUUAAUCCAUAUAAACUAACCGAUCACAUAACAUUUGAACAAAUUCAUCUCUACAAUUAUCCGUACUAUAAAUCAACUCUUGACUAACCAACUAUAUCACAUUCUAGUAACCUCAUCUUUACAGUCAGUGGUUAUGGUACAGUUAGUAAGUGGUUAUAAUACAGUUUUAAAGUCACAGAUCAGUUAGUAACAGUUAUGGUAUUAUACAUAUAACAUAAAACAGCAAUUGUUAGUAAUUUUUACACAAUGUCAGUGGUUAUGGUACAUGUCAGUAGUUAUGGUACCGUGCGCUAUUUUACAGUUAUACACACAAUUUACACUCCCACUAGACAGCAGAGCUCUAACUUUCUAGUAGGACAUACAAGUUAACCAAUUCACCAACUACAAUAUAUUUAACAACAUUUACAAUAAUCCCAACUAUUCUAACUGGCCAGCACCUCGAGAGCUUUCGAUCUAUUUAUACACCAGAGAUUCGAUAAGUUCUUCGCUGCCCAGACACCACGUAUAGCGAACUAGAGGGCAGAAUUUACACAGUACCCAGCUAGUCUAUUAAACUAUCAAUAAGCUAGUGGCUGGAUUUACAACAGAGCACACUUAGUUAAGAUAGGGUGAAAUCUAGCAAACUAUAAUAUACAACAGAGUAUGCUAGUCUCCCGGUCCCCCCGACCUAGCGAACAAAAUUUACACCCUAGAUACGCUAGUCAAGACAGGACACCGGUGUCCGACAUGAGCUAUUUACACCAGAACUCAGUCUGACCCAAACCAAUAAGUGUUGCGCUUUUCACUUCUUCCAUCCAUAAGGACAGGGCAGAUUCCAAUAACCGGUUCCAAAUAUAAAACCCCUUGUGGGUCUACCGCUCUAACGGUAUCAAUCUUACCUGUCAAUUACUGGACCUGGGUUCACUCAUAGAUGGAACAAUCCGGGACUCACUGCGCAGAAGCCGAUGAUCUCCUGGACAAAAGGCCAGUGGCGCCGAGACGAAAGGAGGUCCACGCAGUAGAAGUCCAGGAUUGUAGCGUAGAAGGUUUGGUAAAAGUUUACCGUCUCAAAUCUCUGUGCCAGCUUCCGUGCGAUGAGGUUCCCGGCCCAAUUGCACCAGAAAUGUUGCAGUGUAAGCAUGCAGAAGCCAAACACAGAAAUAUUGGACACAGGUCUUCAGGAAGUAACAGGCUUUUAUUCACAUUACCGAUCGGGUCUCAGAUGAACUCCUGUUCCAACAUUCUGAGAGACCAACACAUAGUGUACAUUCCUUAUAUAGCACUAUAACUCCUCCCAUUAAUAUCUACACCCACAUAUACCUUUAACCAAUCAAUGAGCAGAAUAUAGACUUGUACAUCUAGUCAAACCACAUGGCUCAUCCAAGACAAAGGAAAUAAGUGCAAUUUCAGUUCCUGCAUUCCUGCACAUGCUCAGUACACUGAUGACAGUAUCCUAGCUACAUGUAGCUAACCAACUGACACAACAUACACAUAUGCCACAUGGAGAUUUUGGCCUACUAAAUUUUGACCAUGCUGGAAUCCCAUCACAUUAUAACAAAUAUAUUAUGUACUUUUUUUGGGGGCCUGUCUGGCUAGCCUGCCAAAAAUGAAUACAGUAUAACUGCACUGAAUGAGCAUUCAUCAAAGUAGAUAUUACUUUUUUAAGAACUAGUUAGAUGAAGAAGUUCCUAAAAAGAGAAACACAUUCUAAACUACAUUGUUUUGCAGUAUAAGUUCUGGAAUCAGUCAUUCUAAGCAAGAUCUGAUAGUAGUUGCAUUAUAAAGCUAUAUGUGUGUUUCCCAGAGUAUCUAGUUUCACUUCCUCCUUUUUGCUGACAGUGCUUAGAAAUUUCUGUCAGCAACGGUAAAGUCAUGAUUCCAGCAGGUUAUAAAUGUACAAUGUGGAAGCUGCGGUAUUUUGUUAAAAAAUGUAAAACAACUCAACGUAAAUUAUAUAUAUUAGCUACUUUGCUAAAAUAGUCCUACCUGUAUGUUGUUCAUCUGAGCAUUAAAGGGGCACUCUAAGUGCCAUACUCACUGACAGCUCAUGGUGUUCAUUGUGAUGCAAAGAGUCUGGGGGUAACAUCCCCUUAGAACAGGUAUAGGCAACCUUCGGGACUUCAGAUGUUGUGGACUACAUCCCCCUAAUGCUUACACCCAUAAUGCUGGCAAGGCAUAAUGGGAGGUGUAGUCCAAAACAUCUGGAGUGCCAAAGGUUGCCAAUGCCUGCCAUAGAAGAUUGUGUCAAACAGUUUUCAAUGGGUUUGUCACAACCCAGACUUGUUCCAGUUCCUGCAGUCCUGUUCCUCUGCUAAUGUGGAAAUUAAUUUACGUAUUAGCCUAUCCAACUUUGGGCAGUAGUAGUUAACCAUGAGUACAGAGUGCCGCUUGAAAAUGGAGAGGGGAUGCCCACAGAUUCUUUGAAUUAUAACUAAUAUAAUGAGCUGUAUUUGUUAUGGUGCGUAGAGUGAAAUGUAAUUGUCUUAUUGCACAAACCCUUGAGGUAAGUUUGCCCAUAGGUGUCUCCUGGCACUAUAACAACUUAAUUUAGGUGAAGUUGUUUUGAUGCCUGGAGAGUCCCUUUAAUCUUUUACUUUGGCAAUUUUAGUCUAAAAUUUGAAAAUUGUUUGAAUUUCCAGCAAUUUACACUUUAGUGAACAACCCUUUAAGCAUUGUUUGCUGUUAUUUCUGAAGAUACAAUUAAGAGUCCUCCAUUACUUUCACAAGGAGAGCUGUGUAUUUAGGGCAUACCAAUAGGCAGCACGGGAAAACAAAGGCAAAGGGUACACAUUCUAAUCAGAGGUAUGCAGAGAAAAGAAAAAAAAACAAUUAAAGCACAUUUUAUGCAGGUGAAAAUUACCAAUUACAUUUUUCUACAGUCCUCAGUAAAAGCAAUCUCACAGGAAGGCAUAAAGCAGACAUAAUGGGCAGAUAUUGAGAUCCGGCGUAAGUAAGAAAUAAUAGAAAAUAUAAAUAAAGGAAAGUAGGAAGAGUAAGAGUAUAAUCAUUAAGAUACAGAGGGCAUAAGUAAAGAAAAAAAAACAUGACAGGGUUGCUCACCAUUAAGCUGUAGUUGUUCUGGUGACUAUAGGGCCCCUUUAAUGACAGGGAACCAUAACAUUCUGAAUUAAUGUAGGCUUGUCUCCUGUGUUUCCUCAUACUUGUUUAAUAUAACUUGUGUCUCUUGUAACCUUUGGUUCAGUCUCAGGAUAUUGAAAAGGAACUUGCCCUGUGUAGCUUGGAAUCAACAUAUUAGGUACCACAUAAAGCAGAAGAAAAAACAAAAACUGAAGAGGAAGCAAGAACAAUAUAGUUCUCAAAAAUGAAAUGUACUGCAUGAUCCUUACUUCUCGCCUUUUCAUGUCUUGUCUUUCUUAAGGCUUUAAAUCCAUCAUUUGUAGCCAGAGUGUUUAGUGUGUAUGACAAAUUGGGUUAUUCACUAAGCUAUGAAUUGUUGACGAUGUGAAAAUCAAAGUGAACACAGAAUGAAUUUAAAAAUGUUGGUCUAAAUUUGAAUUCUCAACAAAUCACACUUUUGUGAAAAACGGAGACAUCCACAACAGUCAACUCACAGUAACGCAUGCAGUGUUUAAGCACAUUGUUCUUAUGAACUGACUUCAGUGUCCACUAACAGCCCAGGGUGACACAGAGAUCCUUACUAUAGUUAAAGUCAGUAAACAAGUUGCUCAGUCUUUUAUUUGUGUUGAUAAACUUGCGCAAUACGGAUAUUCUUAAAUCCUGCCCUCUUGGUAGGUACCGGAAUUCAGAGCUCAAUUGGACUAAACCCCAAAAUGAAAUAUAACUAUGAAUGAAUCAUGGAGUUCCACAGCAAACAAAACUCUCAUAAUAUGCAUUUAAGCUGCAAUAAAUAUGCUCAUAAGUUAAUGUGACUAAAAGGCUAGCAAGGUUAUUUACUAAACCAUUAAUUAUAGGUGGAAUAAACACCUAUGCAUUUCCUGUGAAGCUCAGCUUCUGAAGUUACACUCCCACCUACUCCCAAAAUGGCCAAUACAGUUGAUGGGAGUAAUAGUAUGAUCUAAUAUUCUUUAUGCUACUUGUGAAGAAAACUACAUACUUUGGUUCACAAACGUAAUUUUUUUGGUUCGGUAGAUAAAUCUACCCAACACCAACCACCCUCCUGGCUCAUUAAGUUCAAAGAAAACCACAGGAAUUAGUGCUCUCCCUGUGUGGCCGCCGUUCGUGUAACCGAACAACACGUGCUGGGGAAAAUGGUGGCCAUCUUGUUACAUGAAAAGAGGCAGCGGGACUUGGUCAACGAGUGUCAGGAACUCCAAGUUGGACACUCAAUACCGCGAACGCCGGGCAACUUGGCUAAUGCCCGCUUCUUUUCACAGGCAAACCAGGAGAGCGCUGUUCGGUAGGUUUGUUUGCACAAAUUUGGUGAACAAACGCUACAUAUGAGCCAGGGGAACCGCUACCCAUGAAACUAUGGAACUGUUUUGGGCAAACGUCUUGUGAGCAGUCAGUCAAAACUUUACCCCCAUGGUGAGUCGUCUGUGUUUGUGGGAUCUGAGCGCUAUUUGGACAACUUGGGCGCUACCCUUGACUUGCAUAAAAGCCGGCCAUCUGGCCUGAGUAAAACAUUCCUGUUGUACCCUUCAUCUAGUCUAGGCUGAUGUUUGGGUAUGCGUCUAACUACCCGCUGGAUUUACUUGUAUGCUGUAUUUUAUUGUGGAGAACAUAUGAAUCAGCACCCGAACUGCAUACUAUAAUCACCAAGUACCUUGAAGUUCGGGAGGAAACGAACGAAAGGGUAUCUGACAUACCAGCAUUCAUUACACAACUUUUUUCUUUGAACAGAAAAAAAUCAUAAUUGCAGUUUAUAUCCACAAAAUAAAAAGAACUAACAGAUAUUUAUUAACCCCUUCCUCACCAGUGAUGUACCAGGUACAUCUGCCAAAAAACAGUCGUAAUGACCGGGGAAGUACCUGGUAUGUCAUUUAGUAGAUCGGGACUUACCUGAUCACUGGCGAUCCCCUGUCGGUGAUCGCGAUCCUGGGGUCUACCUGAGAGCUCCGGCAGACCCCCACUGUCUGUUCCGGCCCUCCCGGGCCAUGUGAUCGCAGGGUCCUCGCAAUCAAAUGGCCGGAAUAGCCAGCUUGUGCAUUGCCUGCAGGGGGCCUGCCUGAGCUCUCAUGUAGUCCCCCUAAUGCCUGCAAAAUAGUUUUAAAAGUUAAAUAAAAGUUUAAAAAGUGAAUAAAAGUACUUAGAGCAUAUAUAUAUAUGCUCUAAGUACUUUUAUAUACACAUACACAUACAUAAAUCAUUAUUAAAAGUGUAUUUUAAUAUUAAUCUAUAUAAUUAUAUAUAUUCAUAUUAAAAAUACACUUAGUAUAACAUUAAUUAUAUAUAUACAUAUAAAUGAAAAUAAAUAAAUACAUUGAAGAAAAAUAAAAAAAAAUGUAUUUAAAAAAAAUUAUAAUGCGGUUUAAAUUUGUUCUAACUGUAUUUUGAUAUUAAUAUACAUAAAUAUUUAAAUCAAAAUACAUUUAGAAUGAUGUUAUAAAUAAGUAUAAAAUACUAGGUACGUCCGACAAAAAACGGUUCUUCAGGACAUACUAGGUACGUCCGCGGCAAAUAGGAGCCCUGGACUUACCUGGACUGGUGAUCUGCGGCGAUCACGAUCAGCUGCCCCCCCGCAGCAGCUCUGGUCACCCCAGCUCCCGAAAGGGCCAUGUGAUCACCAUGAUCACAUUGUUGCAAUAGGAGUCUCUGGAGCUGCCAGCAGGGGGACUAUAAAAAAUAAAUAUAUUAUACAUAUAUUAUAUAUGAAUAAUAUAUUAUAAACUAAUUAAAGCAUUUUACAACACAGAACACAAAUAUGAGUGUUUAAGACAGUAAAUGUUAUGAAAAGUUUGUGUUAAAAAAAAAUGCAAAAACAAACUAAAAAUGCUAACUUUGGCCAGUGUUUGUGACUAAGUGGCUACUACCAAAGACUGGAAAUACUCAAUUUUGAAUACUCUGGGUUGUCUACAUUUGAAAAUGGUAUGCCAUGAUGGAGUUAUUUUACAUUCCUGGGCUACCAUAUGGUCUCAAAAGGCAACACAGACCCAGCAAACCAAUCUGGCAUACUGAAUUGGGCAAGCCCUAUACUGACCCGGUACCUUUUCAAAACACCAUAAAACCUGUACAUGGGGGGUAUUGUUAUACUCGAGAGACUUCUUUGAACACAAAUAUGAGUGUUUAAAACAGUAAAACUUAUAACGCCGAUGAAAUUGCAGUUAUGUAAAGAAAUGCAAAAAACAAAUAAAAACACUAAGUUUAGCCAGUGUUUGUGACUAAGUGGCUACUACAAAAGACUGGACAUACCCCAUUUUAAAUACCCUGGGUUGUCUACUUUUUCAAAUGGUAUGUCAUGGUGGGGUUCAUUUUCAUUUCUGGGCUGCCAUACCAUCUCCAAGGCAACAUAGCCAAUCUGGCAAAUAGCAAUUUACAAAAACCGAAAUUGGCAAAUCUUAUGUUUGACCCUGCAACUUUCCAAAUCACCAUAAAACCUGUACAUAAAAGGUACUGUUGUACUCGUGAAACAUUACUCUACACAAAUAUGAGUGUUUUAGAGCAACAAAAUGUAUUAUACUGAUAAUAUCAUCAGUGAAAUGGCAGUUUAUGUGUGAAAUUUAAAAUACCCUAGAGUGUCUACCUUUCAAAAAUAUAUUGUUUAAUUGGGUUAAUUACAUUGGCCGGUUUCAUAAAUCCCCCAAAUAGGACAUGGGUGCAUGAUGACCAGCUGUGAAAAUUCCAAGUUGAAAAACUGGAAUGCACACGCUCCAAAUAAGGCCUUUUAGCCCCCAGCCCAACACACUUGUACAUGGGUGGUAUCACUGUACUCAGGAGAUGUUGCUGAACACAUAUUGGGGAGUUUUUGGCAGUAACUCUUAAAGUUCUCAGUACAUGUAUUCUUAAAUUGCUAUGUGUGUCAAAAAAAAUCACCAAUUAUUUUUAUUUUUUUUAAUUUGGCAUAGAUUGGUGGAAAAAUGGUUGCAUGAAAAGAGUCAAAAUACCCCAAGUUUAAUACCUUAGGUUGUCUUGUUUUAAAAUAUAUAUACAUGUGAAUGGUUAUUCAGGGAUUCCUGACCAAUAUCAGUGUUACAAUGUAACAGCAAAGUGCUACUUGUACUUAUUGACCUAUAACUUGCAAACAAAAGCUAAAAACAUGUUAACAUGUCUAAACUCAGGACAAAAUUCAAAAAAACUAUUUACCGUGGUUUUUUUUUGGCAGCUGUAGAUGCGUAACAGAUUUUGGGGGUCAAAGUUUUAAAAAGUUUUUUGUUUUUUUAAAACUUUCAUCAUAUUUUAAAAAUUUUUAAAUAAUGGUAUCUUUAGAAAGACCAUUAGAGGGGGAAAAAAACAGUUUAUAAUACGUGCAGUAAAUGAGUAAGACGAAGAUUACAGCUAAACACAAACACCGCAGAAAUGUAAAAACAGCACUGGUCCUAAAUGGUAAGAAAAUUUAAAAGUGGUCUGGUAACUAAGAGGUUAAACAGCAACAUACAAGGUAGUUAAUUGCAAUAAUGUGUGAGUAAGACCACUGGGGUGCAAUUCAAAAGAGUGAAGGUAUCUCUCACUAGGUGCAAUAGAAAAAAAAAAAAAAGAACAUAGCAUAAGGAGAAGACAGCUUGGUUUUAGCAUCUCAAGGUAGUAUCACUAUAUCCCAAAUAGACAAGACAUGUUCAAAGAUAACAUUUCAGAUUGUCAUAAGAUAGUAUAAUGUACAUGUCAAUAGUACUGCACUAUUUUUAAAGUACAAGAAACUAAGUACAACACAAUACUCAGUGCCUAGAGACUUAAUGUUGCUUAGCCUUACUGAGAGUGACACUCGGCUGCUAUGCUGCUGACUGUACAGUUAUAUGUGGUUAAUACAGUGGAUCUGAUCCAAGCUAUUAGUUUAAACAUACUAUGCUAAGUAAGAAUAAUAGAACUGGCUUCAUCACUGGUAAACAAAGAUUGUAUAGAAUAUAAAAUACAGGAGUCCACCACUUGGUGAGCAAACCAGGCUUAUGCCGGCGGGAUUGCCUCCGUGAGUUUUGUGCCCCUUCAUCCGAUUCCCGAUUUGCAAGGAAGCUGGGUAGUCAGUUGUAUAUCCCCCGCAGGGAGGCAGGUAAUGUGUGAGUGUCCCAAUGUGCAGUUUGUGCACUUGUGUCUCCACCUCAUAAGGGUACUCCACUAACUCCAGACGCCGAUGCUCUCUUGUUGCAUGGCUCUGUGGGACUGGCAGCAUCCGACUUCAAGAGCGGGAUUCCAGGCUUGAACGCCAAAUGACUCGCUGAGUGGGAGUCCUCCGAGUUUACCUAUGGUGCUUGCGGGCUUUGCCACCCUUGGGGGGUUGUGCUGGAGCGGCUUUGUAGCCUUUUUUGUGGGAUCACAGGAGUUGUGGCCUCCGCCGUCUGCUCUGUACCGCUUGUCGUGCACUGGGGAGUCGAUGGGCAAACUUCGCCAGAACAGCAGUAGAUGCUUUACAGGCUGUCUUCGGCUCAGGUUUGGUAAGUGUGGGUCUUCGCUCUGCGAGACGGUCCCAGAAGGCCUGGCAGAUUGCCUGCAGCCUGGCUUUAAAAGCUUCUCUCCAAUUCAGACUUGUUUGGCUGCUCUGGGAUGUUAAUGCGGCGGCCAUCUUAGAUGGGCUGCAUGGCUGGCGAGUUUCUUCCAGCCCUUCUGGGUAUGUCGUGUGGUUUGAUGCUUGCCACUGAAAGCAUGUGCUGUGGUGACAGGCUUUCCCAGUGGGGACCUGGAUAUCCCCCACCGGUCCUAAGGGGGGGGGGGAUUGGAGUACUGCAGGACCUCGCUGCGAGUUGUAGAGCGAGGAGAUCGGCCGCCUCUCCCCAGCUCCGCUCCCAGUAGGCUGCAAUAGAUUCAUCCGGGUAUUCCGCUGCGGAACUUGUCAAGAAAGGUAUCAAUCUGCUAUCCUAGAGAUCCCUGAUCCAUGAAGCACCCCUCAGUGGCUGUCUGGUAAACAUUACAGUCUAACUGGGGCUGCAAUGUUUAACAUUGCAGCACUAAGUGCAAUAGGGACACUGCACCCAAACCACUUUAAUGAGCUGAAGUGGUCUGGGUGUCUAUCGUGUCCCUUUAACUCAUGCAACACACAUGCAAGGAGCUGCAAUAACUAAAUAAGCAGUAGUUCAAUAUACUGAAAUAUGAGACUAUUCUGAUAAUCUGCACAACAUUACAGUUGCUUUUGUUCUAGUCAUGCAACUUAUCUUUGAGGGGCUACAAAUUAAAUCAGGAAGAAGGAAGCAGAGCUAGCCAUAUCACACACUUUGAAAUUUAGUUUUAGAUCCCAUUCUUUUAACUUCAUGCUAUCUUAAUCUGCAAAAGUCUUUUAGGUAUUAGUAUCACAUAUAACACACCGAUAGGCCCUCCUUCCUUCUUUGAUCAUGUUAUUGACUCAUUGACUGCCUCUCCUCCGUCUGUAACAGGAUACCUGUUCACUUCUUGAAACUCUAUCUCUUGAAAACAAUAUUUCCCCCUUUGAGCUCUAACACUCUUUUGUCAGCCUGCAUUAAAGUCAUUAAAAAUAGUACGUUUACAUAAUUAUGUAAAAAUAGUACAUUUACAUAAUUGCUGACAUUGAUAUCUUUCAGUCCUCACUUCUAGUCAAUCUCCAAAUCCUACUGAUCUCAUCUUGGACUCUACACUUCUGUCAUCUCACUUCAUUCGCAAUUCUUACAAUGGCUUCACGUGCACUGAAGUUUUUGGUGUACAGUUAUGGUUCUCACCAUACAAUGCUCUCCUUAAAUUCACCCCAUGUUACAUGUUAUUUUAACUAGCAAGCCCAAUAUUAUGUUUGUAUCCAACUGCCAACGCUCAUUUUUAUACUGUACCAUUCGGCUGGCCCAUUUUUAUACUGUACCAUUCGUCAAUCAGACUUUCCUGUAGAUUCCAACUCUCCAGAAAAAAAAAAAAAACUCGGAUUCAAGUCAGAGUGAAGUCUUGGGUAAACAAAUCAACUUACGAAGUCUAUCAUCUCAACGGGUCACCACUCUUGCACCCACACUGCCUCUUCUCUCGCUGUCUGCUCAAACCCUUCACACAUUCUUGUUUUACAGCUACCAAUGGUGCAAAAUGGUGAACUACUGUUUUGUAGAAACAUACAGCGGAUUUGUGAAUCAGAAGUCAUACUGAGUGAGUGAAUCAGAUGAGUAAAUAUUGAGUGAAUGAAUCAGACUUAUUCCCAUCUGGUUCAAAUUCUGGAGCUUGUGAUAUCUUUUGUUAUUAAUCUUAAUUAAAACUGACAAUUGGUUGUUCGAAAAUGAUGUCAAAAUCCACCUGUUUUACAUUUGCUGUUGAGUGUUAACUUGAGCCAGUAAGAACAUAACAAUAACAAAACCCCACCUUACACGUAUUACUCAUAAUAGGAAACCACACCUAGCAUAGAUUUAUUACAGAGUGAUUGUGACAUUUUAUUUUGACAUUUCUUCUGAAGAGGAAUAAAAAUAGUUGCUUUAUGCAUGAGGAAUAGCAUGAUGGAUGGUCACUAAGUACUGGUGUGUUUGUAAUUUUGUUGAUGUUCUUUUCUUUAACUACUUCACUACCAGAAAUAAGUAAAAACAUGUUUUACUUUCAUGUGUUUUGAAGUAUGAAAUUUAAAGCCUCAAUCACCUUCAUUUAUACUCUAGGAAUGAUUACCAGUCUGUAGACUACACAUUUAUCUGCCAAAGGUUACUAAGUUAAUGCCAGAAACUUUGCUGAAAAUGUUGGCUUGCUCCUGUUUCCAAAUAGUAAAGGAAUUUUCAAUUGGUCAUAUAAUCCCUACUGUCAGGGAGAGGGGAGGAGUGAAUUGACUAUUUCACUGUUAGCAUUACAUUAGCAUUCCAGAGGUUGAUAAAGCAUGCAAUAUAUGUUUUAAAUACCUUUAUUUUAUAUGUGGGUAUUAUGCUCAAAUUGCUGCCAAUUUAGUAAGCUGUACUGCUAGUAAUACCAAUAAGCAAGGUGUUUGCUGAUUUAUAUUUAUCUAUUUUUGUCACACCUACUGUAUGUGACAACAAUUAUAUUUUUUGCUUUAUACUAACAUUUUAGUGUGAAAUAUUGGACACUGUAUGCUGUCUAAAGGUUUUAGUUUUCCUCCAAAAAUGUUUUUAUUUAUAUAUAUUGUAACAUUCAGUAUACUGUGGAACCUCAGAACCCUCAAACUUAAUCUGUUCCUGAAGGUUGUUCGAGUCCCGAAGUGUUCGAGAACAGAAUCAACAUUUCCCAUAAGAAUUAAUGUAAAAUUGAUUAAUCGGUUCCAGACCCCCAAAAUUACAGCAUUUAAAAUUUAUAUCACUCUUAUAAUAAGUACCUUACAUUUAUUUGAGUGUUUCCUGCCUUCCAACUUGCUAAGCGUUUAUUGUUGGCCAUUAUUGCAAUUAUUUAUAAUAAUUGUCUGACUUGAAAAUGAGACAUGGCCCUUUGUUGUAUGUUCGGGUACGGAGCCAUUUUUUACUCAUGGCUCUUUGUUGUAUGUUCGGGUACCGAAGAUCGUUCGCGUACCAGACAUGUUCUGGGGUUCCACUGUAUUACAAAUUAUCAUCUUACUGAAGUGGAAUAUUUUCAGUUUUAUGCUGAGGCAAUAGGGUUAGUCAUCAUCUUACCUUAUCCAUGCCAUACUCCAAAUGCUUGAACAAUUUUUACUUAGAGUGGAUGAGGAUGGCAUUAAACAAGCAUAGCCUGUUUGUUCCUACUUGGUUCUCUCUCAUUCCCAUUUUAUCAUUUGAAACUAGACAAGCCUACUAGUUUGGAUAGUUACUGCCAUCAUCCUUUGUUUUGUUUUUUAUGUCUAAUCUGCUGCUCGGGUUUAUGUAAUUGUUGUAAAAUUAGUCUAAAAAGUGUCAGCUGCAAUCUACCUUGAACACUAUAGUCAACCCAGGUGUUAAACAUUCCUAGUGGGUGGUGAUUUUAGGAGUUAUAUAAAGUGUAGUUGGGAGAUAUUCUGGAGAUAAACUGAAGGUAAUCUGAGGUAUUCAGGAUGAUAAAUACAAAGUUAAGAUUUGUUUGAUUUAAAUUAUUCUCCUCAUUGGAAUGGCAGACUUAGUUCAGUAAUAGUUGCUAUGCAUUUGUUUCACGUUCCACUUUUUGGAGGUUUGGUUGUUGUCUAAUCUGUAGACAGUUCUCUAUCUUGCGGCAGGAGAUUGUAUUUUUGAAGUCUGAGAUUUGUAAAUUAUCUGGUGAACAAAUUCAGACUGGAACUGCUGCUAACCCACUGCCACAGAGACAUACUAGGAAUGGCAGAUGGAUUACUGUUGGAUCUGGUAGACUUAGAGUUGUGGAUAAAAGGCAUUUUGCACAGUCUGUUGCUCUUCAUAAUUCAUUUUCUGCACUUUCAAAGUGUAAUGGUGUUGUGGAGAGAGGCACUGAGGCUAGUGGUGUUGUGGAGACCGGCUUGGAGACUAUGGUGAGGCCUAAUAGAAAGCAGUUGUUGUUGGGGGAUUCCAUUAAAAGAGGUGUGGAGAUGGACAAUGGUGGUCUUGUGAGGUGUCUUCCCGGAGCUACUGCUCACAGAGACAGGAGACGUAUCUGUAAUAUUGUUAAGCAAGCAAAGCAGGAAGGGAAAUUGGAUGUACUUGUCCAUCUAGGCACAAAUGACUUGGCUUGCAACGAGGUUUCAGAGGUUAAGGACGUUUUUAGUGUUUUUGCCAAUGAUAUACGGCAGGUUGCUUCCACACUGUCAUUCUCUGUUCAAAAAAAGAUGGUUUGCAUCUUUCUCAAAAAUGUUCUCAGUGAGCAGUUCAUAGGUUUUGCUAGGAUGUAUUUAAACAGGAGGGGGGGCAAAAGGGUGAUAAAACAUCAAUCCAAUUGUCCCCCAAAACAAGGACAGAAGGUACCUGUAGCAAGUGUGUUAACAAAUGAUAAGCUUAGAGUCAUGUCUACAAAUGCUUGCAGUUUAGGGAAUAAGAUCCAUGAACUUGUGGCAAUAAUGGCAACUGAAAGUGUAGAUUUAGUCGCUGUUACUGAGACAUGGUAUAAUAAGAAAAAUGACUGGGACAUAGCAAUACCAGGGUACUCUUUAUAUAGGAAAGAUAGGGAAGGCAAGAAAGGGGCAGGGGUGGCCUUGUAUGUGAAGGAUAGCAUAAAAUCUAGCCUAAUAAAGGUUAGUGAGUCAAACAUAGAGUCCAUUUGGGUUAGAAUUUGGUAAUCACACAGUAACUCGUGUAGGUGUGAUUUAUAGGCCCCCAGGACAAAUUGAAGAGUUAGAUAAUCUACUAGUUGAGGAAAUAGCUAAAAUGACAAUGAAGGGGGAAGUUAUCAUCAUGGGUGACUUUAAUCUUCCUGAUGUAAAUUGGAAAACAAAAUUAGCUACUUGUGCCAGGAGCACACAUAUUCUAAACUCCCUACUAGGAUUGUCUCUAAAACAAGUUGUUGAGGAGCCAACUCGUAAAGAGGCCAUACUAGAUUUAGUGUUAACAAAUGGAGAUUUGGUAUCAGAUAUUACUGUAGGUGAAAGUUUAGGAUCCAGUGAUCACCAGUCAGUGUGGUUUAAUAUAAGAACAGUGACUGAGUCACACCACACAAAAACAAAAGUUUUACACUUUAGAAAAACAGACUUUUCUAAAAUUAGAAUAUGGGUAGAGGAGUCAUUAUCAGACUGGAGCAAUUUAAAUGGAGUCCAAGAGAAAUGGGAUUAUUUAAAAGUUGCACUAUUGAAGGCAACAGAAAAUUGCAUUAGGCUUGUCAGUAAAAGCAACAAAUUCAAGAAACCACUGUGGUACUCCGCAGAUGUGGCCAAAAUAGUUAAAAACAAAAAGUUAGCAUUUAGGAAUUAUAAAAAAACCCAGAGUGAGGAAGACAAAAUGAUCUUUAAGAUUAGGCAGAAAGAGGCUAAGCAAAUUAUAAGAGCUUCCAAAUCACACACAGAAGAGAAAAUAGCACAGUCAGUAAAAAAGGGGGAUAAAACAUUUUUUAGAUACAUAAAUGAGAAAAGAAAAGUAAAACAAGGAUUAGUUAGAUUAAAAACAAAAGAAGGAAGGUAUGUAGAAGAGGAUAAAGGUCUAACUGACUGCCUCAAUGAAUAUUUUUAUUCUGUAUUUACAGAUGAAAAUGAAGGAAACUGACCUCAGCUGAGAAAAAGGAUAAAUGAGUCAUUUAUUACACGUGAGUUUACAGAGGAAGAGGUUCUAUUUCAACUGUCAAAAGUAAAGACAAAUAAGUCAAUGGGACCUGAUGGAAUACACCCAAAGCUAUUAAAAGAGCUUAGUGGUGUACUAGCAAAACCAUUAACAGAUUUAUUUAACCAAUCGUUGUUAACAGGAGUAGUCCCAGAAGAUUGGAAGUUAGCGAAUGUUGUGCCCAUUUACAAGAAAGAUAAUAGGGAGGAGUCGGGCAACUAUAGGCCAGUAAGCCUUACUUCAGUAGUGGGGAAAGUGAUGGAAACCAUGUUAAAGGAUAGGAUUGAUGAACAUCUAAAAACACAUGGAUUUCAAGAUCAGAGACAACAUGGGUUUACUUCAGGGAGAUCAUGCCAAACUAAUCUUAUUGAUUUUUUUGAUUUGGUAACUAAAAUUAUAGAUCAGGGUGGUGCAGUAGACAUUGCUUACCUAGAUUUCAGUAAGACUUUUGACACUGUUGCACAUAGAAGGCUUAUCAAUAAACUGCAAUCUUUAAGUUUGGAUUCCAAUAUUGUUGAAUGGGUAAGGCAGUGGCUGAGUGACAGGCAACAGAGGGUUGUAGUUAAUGGAAUAUAUUCGAAGCUUGGACUUGUCACCAGUGGGGUACCUCAGGGAUCUGUACUUGGACCCAUUCUCUUUAAUAUUUUUAUUAGUGAUAUUGCAGAAGGUCUUGAUGGUAAGGUAUGUCUUUUUGCUGAUGAUACUAAGAUAUGUAACAGGGUUGAUGUUCCAGGAGGGAUAAGCCAAAUGGCAAAUGAUUUAGGUAAACUAGAAAAAUGGUCAGAAUUGUGGCAACUGACAUUUAAUGUGGAUAAGUGCAAGAUAAUGCAUCUUGGACGUAAAAACCCAAGGGCAGAGUACAGAAUAUUUGAUAGAGUCCUAACCUCAACAUAUGAGGAAAGGGAUUUAGGGGUGAUUAUUUCUGAUGACUUAAAGGUAGGCAGACAAUGUAAUAGAGCAGCAGGAAAUGCUAGCAGAAUGCUUGGUUGUAUAGGGAGAGGUAUUAGCAGUAGAAAGAGGGAAGUGCUCAUGCCAUUGUACAGAACACUGGUGAGACCUCACUUGGAGUAUUGUACACAGUACUGGAGACCGUAUCUUCAGAAGGAUAUUGAUACUUUAGAGAGAGGUCAGAGAAGGGCUACUAAACUGGUUCAUGGAUUGCGGGAUAAAACUUACCAGGAAAGGUUAAAGGAUCUUAACAUGUAUAGCUUGGAGGAAAGACGAGACAGGGGGGAUAUGAUAGAAACAUUUAAAUAUAUAAAGGGAAUCAACACAGUAAAGGAGGAGACUAUAUUUAAAAGAAGAAAAACUACCACAACAAGAGGACAUAGUCUUAAAUUAGAGGGACAAAGGUUUAAAAAUAAUAUCAGGAAGUAUUACUUUACUGAGAGGGUAGUGGAUGCAUGGAAUAGCCUUCCAGCUGAAGUGGUAGAGGUUAACACAGUAAAGGAGUUUAAGCAUGCGUGGGAUAGGCAUAAGGCUAUCCUAACUAUAAGAUAAGGCUAGGGACUAAUGAAAGUACUUAGAAAAUUGGGCAGACUAGAUGGGCCGAAUGGUUCUUAUCUGCCGUCACAUUCUAUGUUUCUAUGUAACAGAGCCACAACAGCUCAAUGUAUUGGUUCUGGUGUCUAUAGCAUGUCCCUGCAGUCUCAGAGUAAAGCCAGUGUUUGCAUUACUACCUAGUAACACUUAUAGUGGCAGUCACUCAGACGGCCACUAGAGGUGCUUCCUAUCUCAGUGCUGCAUGUUCAGCGUCUUCAUGCUCUGCAAUUAAUCUCUAUGAUGAGGUGCUGAUUGGUGCAGUGCAGCGUUUUGCAGGUGCAAUAUCCUCCCAAUGCUUUCCUAUGGAUAAUCAUUGGAUUGGUUAAGAUUAUUAAAGGACCACUCUAGGCACCCAGACCACUUCAGCUUAAUGAAGUGGUCUGGGUGCCAGGUCCAGCUAGGGUUAACCCAUUUUUUAAUAAACAUAGCAGUUUCAGAGAAUUGUAAAUGCUUUCCUAUGCGACGGGCUGAAUGCGCGCGCAGCCAGCCCAGGAGGAGGAUCGGAGGAGGAGAGCUCUCCGCCCAGCGCUGGAAAAAGGUAAGUUUUUAACCCUUUCCCCCUUCCAGAGCCGGGCGGGAGGGGGUCCCUGAGGGUGGGGGCACCCUCAGGGCACUAUAGUGCCAGGAAAACGAGUAUGUUUUCCUGGCACUAUAGUGGUCCUUUAAGAAUGGUGAUCUCAGUAAUGGAGGUGGAGCCAGGUGGCGUGACCAGUGUGGCGUUGUAGAAAAGUAAAAAGGUAAAAUAAAAUCUAGCAAGGGCUGGAGACCUAAAUAGUUAGUUUAACACUAGUGUUAGUAAUACAUGUUUUUAUUCCUGACAUUAUAGUGUUCUUUUAAAUCUGCCUUUUUUUGCAGAAAUAUCUAUAUUGUGUAUGUAUAUAUAUAUAUAUAUAUAUAUAUAUAUAUAUAUAUUAGAAAAAACUCCAAAUUCAAUGGCAGCAUUAAGUGAAAAAGUGAUGCAAAUAAAUUGCUAAAUCUAUUGGUUUGCUUAAAAAAAAAAUGUGUAUUUUCAAAAUGAUGGAGAACAAAAGUAGCAAUAGACAAAAAUAAACCACAGCAGAUUUAACCCCUUAAGGACCGGACUGUUUUGGUUAUGUUGUACGUUAAGGACCAGGGCUGUUUUAACACUUUUGUGGUGUGUGUGUUUAGCUGUAAUUUUCCUCUCUCUCACUUACUGUUCCUAUACAAAUUAUAUAUUGUUUUUUUCAGAGGGCUUUCUUUACAUACCAUUAUUUGUAUCAUGUCAUAUAAUUUACUUUAAAAAAAUAAUAAAAUAUGGUGAAAAAUUAAAAACAAACAAACAGUGUUUACAUGCUUUUUUUUGCAAGUUAUAGUGCUAUAAGUACAAGCAGGACAUUGCUGUUUCAGAAGAUAUAUAUUUAAAAUGUAUCAAUAGUGACAUUGUAACACUGUUAUCUGUCUUAAAUCUCUGAAUCACACCUCACAUGUACAUAUUUCUUUUAAAGUAGACAACCUAGGGUAUUCAAUAUGGGGUAUGUCCAGUCUUUUUAGUAGCCCAUUAGUCACAAACACUGGCCAAAGUUAGCAUUUAUAUUUGCUUGUGUGUUAAAAAUGCAAAAAACAAUUAUGAAUGCUAAGUUUGGCCAGUGUGUGUGACUAAGUGGCUACUAAGAAAGACUGAACAUACCCCACUUGCAAUACCUUGGGUUGUCUUCUUUUGCAAAUGUUAUGCCAUCAUGGGGGUAAUUCUCAUUACCAUACACUCUCAAAGCAACAUAACCAACCUGGAAAAUUUUAAUGUAAAAAAAAAAGGAAAAUCAAGCCUUAUAUUUGACCCUAUAACUUUCAAAAACACUAUCAGAGGGGGGGGGGAAAGGGGUGAGGGUUACAGUUUUACUCUGGAGACUUUGCUAAACACAAAUAUUAGUGUUUCAAAAUCACAACAAUUAUAUCAUCAGUGAACGUGCUGUUUGUGUGUGAAAAACGCAAGAAACGUCACUUUCACUGACAAUAUCAUCGCUGUAAUAUGUUUUACUGUUUUGAAUCACUAAUAUAUGUGCUCAGCAAAGUCUCCUGAGUAGAACAGUACCCCCCAUGUACAGGUUUUAGGGUGUCAUGGAAUGUUACAGAGUUAAUACAGUGCUAGCAAAUUAAAUUCUCUGGACGUUCGGCCUGUGUUGUCAGGCAGGUCCCUCAAAUUGCAAUAAAUAAAAUUACCUAAUUAUGUAAAAAUAUUACAUAAAUAUGCACGUAUAAUUUAAAUAUAUAUACAUAUUUAUAUAUUGGAAGUCUAUGAGUAUAUUUAUGAAAUUAUUUAAUUUUGCAUAUGGAUAUAUAUAUAUAUAUAUAUAUAUAUAUAUAUAUUUCAUAUUAUUUUUAUUUAUAAUUUUUAUUUAUUUAUAUAUAAUUAUUUUUAUUUAUUUAUAUAUAUAUAAUUGCAUUCUAAGUGUAUUUUGAUAUGAAUAUAUAUAUUAAUAGCAAAAUACAGUUAGAAUAAAAUUACGUGUGUAUAUAUAUAUAUAUAUAUAUAUAUAUAUAUACAUAAUUUAUUUUAAUUUUAUUAUUUUUCAAUUUAUUUUUAUUUACUUAUUAUUUAUAAUAGCCACUGUUAUGGGCCUACAUUAAAGGGCUUAGUGUAGGAGAGCUAACUUACCUCCUAGCAAGUGCCCUCACGACUUGAAGGGGAGGGGUAAGGAGCAGAACCCAGAAAGCUCUUGGUAAGAAGCCAAACCAUAAGCGAAUGUUUACAUUAGGAGGGUGCCAGGGCAAUCCGCGCCCCCCCAUAACCACUACAGCAUGCUGUAAGUUCUCUUGCUUGGAGUGUUCCUUUAAUGAAUUGCCCCAAAAUACUGCUUAAACACACAUAGUAUGGCCCAUAGCUGUCUCAUAUCAGUGUAUAGCAACAAUAUCAAGAGAUGUUUUUUUUAGUACAGAAACAAAUUAUAAUAAUAAUGUUAGGGAUUAGAGCAGGAGUUUGCAACCUUUGGUACUCCAGAUGUUGUGGACUGCAUCUUUCAUAAUGCCAGGAGUGCCGAAGGUUGCACACUCCUUUUUUUAGAGUGGAUAAGUAAACAUCAGGAAUAUAUCACUAGAUAUUAUCUUCAUUUUGCCUCCACAUGUGUAAAGAUUGGAAUCUGCCUCAAAGGGAGUCAAUGAGCAUUGUUUUGUUGUCCUCAGUUUAUCAAGAGAAGGAUUAGACCUGUUUAUCUUAAUACAACAAUGUUAUCCUUUGUGAUUAAAACAAUUCCACCUCUAGUUGGUUUUCAUGUGCUAAUAGAUUUUGUUUGAUGUGCUAAAUAAAAAGAUUGGUUGCAGCAUGUUUGAUCUUCACUUGGAGGAAAAUGGCCAUUCUAUUAAUUUAAUCAGAUUAUUUAUUUAUUCGACCUUUUAUGAUUAGAUAUUUAAAAUGGACACUAAAGGCGCCCAGACCACUUCAUCUCAGUAAAGCAGUCUGCAUGCAGUUAUCCUUUAGUGUAAAACAUUGCCGUUAAAUAGAUAUGGCAAUUCUGACAUUGCAGUGGAAAAUAUGCCUCUAGUUGCUGUCUUCACAAGACAGCUAACUUCCAUUUCAUUGUAGGAGUGCAGCGCUGGCUGCGCAUACACUUUUGUCCCCAAUGCUCAUCUAUGAGCAUGUGUGCCAAAGUGGCAACGCACCUCAAGGAGUGACUAAUCAGUGCUGCCCAUAUGCUGAGUGCCGUUGAGGUACUCAUGUAUAGGCUUAAAUGCCCCAAAGUUCUUUAAAAGUUCAACACAAUCAUUUUUAAUUAUGCACCCUUGCUACAUUUUCCCUCAGUCCUUCAUACACCAGGUAAAUCAGGUGUCACUUGGAGUCACCAUGUGACCUUACAGUUUUGUUACCUCUGCAGCACUUGGGUGACAUCAUCGAUUCCUGAUUCUCCGAACGCACUCAUUACACUCAACAUCUGCUUUUAGUGAACUAUCAGUUGCACGAAAAUCAAAGAUGUGAAAGUUCUGUUUUAAUUAUAUUGUUUUCAUAUUGCUGCUUGUAAUCACAUAUGAAUCAUUUGGGAAUACCUUAAAGUAAUAACACAUUAAAGAGUCCAUAAAGACUAGUUUGAUAUAUAGCAUGUUCGCACGUAUGCUGUGAUCUCAAACACCACUUAUAUGAUGGAUUACAUACAUUUUAAAAUGUUCGAGUGUCACCUGUAUAAAUUUGCUUACACAAAUUCUCAAAAUUAAAGGGACACUAUAGACAAAAAAAUAAACUUUAGCUUUAUGAAGCUGUUUUGGUGUAUAGACCAUGCCCCCGUAGUCUGACUGCUCAAUUAUCUGCCAUUUAGGAGUUGAAUCAUAUUUGUUUCUGUCCAUGCAGUUUUAAGCACACCUCCCCUGGCUGUCACUGACACACCCUGCAUGAAGAAAACAUUGAUUAAUUUUCAAUCAGAUGUUAACUUACUUUAGACGUUUUUAUCUCCUGCUCUGUAAAUUUAGCUUUUAUCAAACACAGGAAGCUCCUGUAGGGUCUAGCAAGCUAUUAACAGUACAAAAGAUAGUGACUUCUAAAUGUAACAGCCUGUGCAACAAACGAAGUGUAAACAUUAGAUUACUCUUUACAGGCGUAUAGGAAGGCUUUGCACAUUGCAUGCAGGGAGAUGUGACUAGGGCUGCAUAAACAAAGUGAUUUAACUCCUAAAUGGCAGAGAAUUGAGCAGUGAGGCUGCAGAUGCAUGAUCAAUACACUAAAAUUAUAGUUGUUUUGGUGACUGCAGUUUCCCUUUAAUGCCGCAGCCUAGUUAAUAGUCUAUCGUGUAAUAAGAUGUGACUUGGAGGUCUCUGACCAAAAUGUAAAAACAUUUCUAUGUUGUUUAGUUCCCACUUCUCUGACCUUAUAUUGUUAUACUGGUGUGUUUCUGGGCAACAUACAGAUCAAUGGGAAGUGGUGAAAUAAUUAAAUGGUUUGUCAACAUUUUCAGGAAAGGGAUUUGGUAAAAACCACAUCUUGGUCAUUCUUUAUUUUAUUGAUGGCAGAAUUUACAAUAUACUUCCCACCUAGUAUGUUUUUCUAUUGCGUUUCUAAAGUUACUUUCCUUACACUGAAAAACAGAAAAAGAAUAUGAUUUCCCAGUAACAAGGAGAACUGGAAUUUUAAAAAGAAUGUGAUGCUUUUUAUAGAACAUAAAAUAAAUGGUGACUGAUGCUGCCUAGCUCGAAAACAGUGGUUCAAAUCAGUCUCACGGCUUGAUUUCAAUAGAUCCCCAAGGAUACAUUUUAAGAAAAAUUGCCUUAGUUCACUAAACUCUGAGUAGUGGUUAGUUGUAAAGUGAAUUGCAAAACAUAACAAAACAGCUUAAUGUGGUUGUUCUGGUGUCUACAGCAUGUUCCUGCAGGCCUUUUAAUGUAAACAUGAGCGGACUUAUUGUCCAUGUGGAAGUCAGAGAAAACCAGUGUUUAUAUUGCUGCCUAGUAGCACCUCUAGUGACAGUUAUUCAGACACUAGAGGUGCUUCCUUUGUCAGGUGAACUGAACGAUCCCCAUAGAGAUGCAUGGAUUCAGCGUAGCGUUUUGCAGUGCAUGCACAAUAGCCAUGGAUUGGCUUAGAUUGCCAAAAUCCACGGAUGAGGUAGGAUGCAAGGCUUGCCACGGAUGUGGUAGGAUGCGAGGCUAGCCAUGGAUGCGGUAGCCACGGAUGUGGUAGGAUGCGAGGCUAGUGCGAUUGCGGUAGGAUGCGAGGUUAGCCCACGGCGAGACCAGCACGGCGCUGGAAAAUCGGUAAGUAAAAUACCUUUUUUAAGGGAGGCAAUGGGGUCUGGGCACCUAAGGAUUGUUUUUGCCACUGUAGUGUCAGGAAUAUAUGUUUGUGUUCCUGACAUAAUGGAGUAUGAACUUGUAACAUUGAAAUAGAAUGCCAUGCAAACAACACUGUGUUGUAGGCUAGCAAAGCUGUUGCUAUCUGAAGGUUUUUGAGGUUUGUUUGUUUUUUUUACAUUAUUUUCACCCUUUAUUUUAUGCUUACUGUUAUAUUCUUGUUCUAAACAGAAGAGCAUAUUGCACAACGCUGUAACCAAUUAAAUCUAGACUGGGGUCAGUAAGGUUAUGGGUUAUUGUACAGGAAGCCACAUGGGAGAGGUGCCUGGCCUAUUCCCAUAGAACUAGGUGGGGUGAUAACUUUAGUAGUUUAUUGCCUCAUGGCAUGCUUCCAGAUGGUUUAACUAAAUAUUUUGAUACAUAAUUUGCUACAUAUGUUUCUAAGUACAUUGCGGGAUGCUUAAAGACAUAUUAGUGGAUUUGAGUGAUGCAUUGAUGCAGCUGGUCGUCAGUACACGUGUGUUCACAUUGGCAUGCUUUGAACGCACCCUUAAUGAUAACUACAUGGAGUACUGGACUCAUAAGACACUCUGGCAAUGCCAAGAGAUUCUGUAACAGAAAUGGACACAUUGACUCUCUAUAUAUGAGUUCUCUCAAACCAUUAAUACCUAGAAUACAGGACAGUAAUCAAAAUGACGUUUUAGUUAAAAUGGACUAUCAUCCAUGAAUUCCAUUGAAAUAAUGUUUUGAAUUGCACAUUCCUAAAGAAAUAAAAUAUUAACUUUUUUACCAAAAAUUUUAAAAAUGCUUGGACAAUUUAAUGAGUAUCGGCAUUAAUUUAAAGUGUACAAGCACUUUAAGAUAUCUUAACUCUAUUGUUUUAGUUUGAAAGUAAUAAAUGUGCAUUUUAAGCACCAGAAAACCUAUGCGUCAUACAAUGCAGAGAUCUGCAUUUAUGUAUCCAUCUCCUCAUAUGUUCCCCUUUGCCAUACAUGUACUUGUAUGGAGUGUGCCUACAGGAUGUGAGUACAAGCCCCUAUUUUCUCUGACAAACUACUUACCAGGGAUUUAAAAUGUACAUGAACGUAGCUAUCUUUAAGAGCUGGCUCUAUUCAUUUUUUUCUGAAGAAAGAUAUAAAUGCAACUAGACUUCCACAUGGCCACUACGUCGGCUCAUUCAUAAGACAGUAUAAAAGAGUGUUUGAAUAGCUCAUCUGGACUUUAUCCCCCCAAAGACACAUUUGAAGCCUCCACCUUGUUUGCCAACUCGCUGUAAUUUACUGUUAGUGAAUAUUUUCGGAAGCAUCGAUAUUAGUUUAAGAAGCAUUGCCAAGUUUUAACAUUUAGAUAAAAUAUAAGUGAUACGGUGAUAUGUCCAAAAUGUUUAAUAUUAAUUUUCCGUUGAAUAAAGUUAUAUUAUACAAAGUAAGGGUGUUCUCAAAUUUUAUUAACUUUGUGCGUCUGCUUUUUGAUGUUUGUUUUAGGUGAUUUCUGUGAAAAGAAUAUAUGUCUUAAUGGAGGAACCUGUGUAAGUGGUGCAAAUAUCUCGCCUUUCUGCCUUUGCCCUGAAGGCUUUACUGGACAUGACUGCAAUGUAACAGAGAAAGGUAAACAGAUCAACUCACAACUGUAAAACAUAGGGGGUUUGGUGUAAAAACAAUAUAUAAACAUUUGCAUUAGUUUUGUUCACAUGCUCCUUGUGUAACACUGCUACUCAUUCUUUUAUGUGACUUUAUGGCGAUUUAAAAAUAAAAACAACUUAAAAAUUAUGAAAGAGUCCCAGAUUGCUGGUAAUAUGAAAGUGACAUAUAUAAUACAUUGGAGCUAUUGCUGAGUACUGGCAUGUUAAUUCACAUACUCAAUGGCGGAACUACAGGGGUCACUAAGGUCUCAAGUGCCCCCUGUGUUCCGCCUGUCAUGGAGGGCCCAAGAUCUGACUGGCUGGCGACCUUAUGGCACCCCAAGACUGACGGCUGUACGCAAUGGAAGCAGGCGACAAGGGAGUGCUGAUCUCUGUCCUCUUCUUGCUCUGCUCACUUACAUGCCCUGCAUUGAUACCGUGAGCCAGAAUAGGGGUAUGCCAGGUAUGCCUGGGCACACCCUAAUCCCCGCAGCACGCCUAUGGAUUGUGACCGGCAGGGGAGAGAGGCAGGAGAGGACCCGGGGGGCUCUAGCCAGCAGCUCCGUCGGGUUUCUCUCGCGAGAUCUGAGCGUUGCCGUGGCAAUGCUCAGAUCUCGCGAGAGUGAACUCUAGCCCUGCAGGCUAGAGUUCACUCUCCACUGGACCACCAGGGAAGGCAGCAGCAACAAGGAUUCCCCCUCCCUACAAAAGGUAAGAAGGGUGGGGGGAUAUUUAUUAACUAAUCUGCCCCCACCUCCACCCCCACAAAUCACCAAAACUUACAGCACACACACACAGCACCCACACACAUACAGCACACAGACAGCAUCCACACACACACAGCACCCUCACACACACAGCACCCUCACAAACACACAUCACCCUCACACACACAGCACCCUCACACACAGCACCCUCACACACAGUACAUUAACAGCACCCUCACAAACACACACAGCACCCUAACAAACAGCAGCCCCACAAGACCCCAGGAACAGGGUUCACACUGGACCCCAGGAAAAGGAUCUACUCCAUCUCCCCCAAAGGUAGGGAGGCUGGGUGAACUUAAAUUUAAAAAAAAAUACAUAACAAAAAAUAAAAAAAUGGUAAUUUGUGAUUAUGUGAGAAAAUGUGUAUGUCCCUCAGUGUGUGUCAAAUCAGUUUGAGUGUGUGUCUGUCAGUGAGCGUGGGUAUGUCAGUGAGUGUGAGUGUGAGUAUAUCAGUGAACAUGUGUGUGUUAGUGAAUGUGUGUGUGUCAGAGUGUCAAAUCAGUGAGGGUGUGUGUAUAUCAGUAUUUGUGUAUAUGAGAGUGUGUGUCUGUCUGUGAAAAGGUGUGUUGGUUGCACACUGUGUCUCUCAGUGAGAAUGUGUGUGUGCUUAAAAUGAUGAAAAUGUGUGAUUAUAAAUAGUUUCAAUCAAUUCAUGUGAUUUGUAGCAAUAUGCAUAUAUGUUUGUACGUAUGUCUAUAUUUACAUGCAUACACACUGUAUACAGUUAUUUAAAUUUUAUGGUUUUACAUAUCAGGACAUAAUCAGCUGGUUUUUUUUUAAGCAGGUUUUAAAAUUAGGUCAGUACAACCUCAGACGAACAACAACGUAUGACAUAUUACACCAUGUAAAUUUGACUGUCAUUCACCAAUCUAGUGUAUUUUCACAGCCCUUUCCCACCUUCUUGCUGUCAUUUUUCUCUGAGGCGGGAGCAGUUGCUAACAGCAUGUGAUUAUAUCUCUGAGUCCUCCUAUCAUAACUAGAACUACUAGUGCUUUCAUUUUCCACAUCCAAUCUAGCUCCUCUUUCAGAACGUUGCAUUUUUCCAGCUUCUCAUGUUCCUUCUUCUUGAUGUUAUGUCACUGGGUUAAUGCCACAUCCACCACCACAGCAGUCUUCCAUACCUUGUUUCUCACCAUGAUGUUGGUUUGGUUGGCAAGUACUUGAUUGUCUGUCUGGAUCUGGAAUUCCUUUUUGGAUCAUAGCUCUGACAUUCUCAUCUCAUCUAUUCCUUUUGGCACCUCCUAUCUAGACUUGUCCAUCUGGACAGACAUACACGACAAAAUGAUAACAAUAAACUACAGUAAAAGGAAUCUCAGAAUGUUGCAGGGCCUAUGGUCCUCCAUAAAGAGUAUACUGACUACAGGAAGUCAGAGCAAGCCUGUAUAUUAUGUUUUCUUAAUUUCCAUAACCACUCCAAAACACUCAUCCCUGUGACUCAAUGUGUUAUUAAAUUGGUACCUGCUGACUUAUUUAAUAUAAUGGAAGAUUUGCCAAAAAUAUUUGCUAGUACACUUAUAAUUAUCCAAACUAAAAUACAAUUUGGAGAAAAAAAAACAAGGACCACAAAUGUUUAAAUAUUAAAUAAGUAUAUGAAGUAUAUGUAAAAAGUACAGUCAUUUCUGAAGACAUGAAUUUCAUAGGUGACAGAGCUUCAUGCUUAUUUAGAAUAUGACAUUAAAUACAUAUUAAUGGGACUGUGUUGUUACAGCAUGUCAUUUACAGGGAUAGGUAACUUUUGACACUCCAAAUGUUGUGGACUUUAACAACCAUAAUGUUGGCAAAGCAUCAGGGUAGUUGUAGUCCACAUUUUAAUGCUGAAGGUUGUCUACCUUUGAAUUGGAAUGUCAGAUAUUGUACAUAGCUAGAGUGCUCAUUCAUGCACAACAGGUGUUACGUAUCUGAAUUAUGGAGCAGUAUAAAUGAUAGAAGCAAGUUCUGUAAAGAGAUCAAAAAAUGGUCAGGUUUUUAUUUUUUAUUGUACUGGGAAUUACAUAUUUUCAUACAAGCAUAUCUGAUUAAAUAUAAGCAGAAAUGAUAGCAUUCUAAGAUAAUUAUAUGUACAGAAUGAAUUAUGAUCUCAAUUCUUCCUCACUUGUUAGGUCCUUGCCACCCAAAUCCGUGCUUCAACAAUGCAGAUUGUGAAGUCUUGUCCCAUUCACGCAGAGGUGAUACCUUCAUGCAGUAUGUCUGCAAGUGCCAGCCAGGGUAUUCCGGAGAGCACUGCGAGAAAAGUGAGUAUUAAUAUGUUCACAAUUAAACGUUCAUAGCAUUAUUGUCAUUAUCCCAGUGCCUUCAAGCUCUUGGCACAGGGAAGGCUUAAUUGUACAGUUUGAGCUCCUGAGAAGUGUUAUUGGGUCCCUGUCACAGCUUUGUCUUUGAACUGUGAUAUUUAAGGUUACGGUGAAUAGAACCCAGCUAUUUACUUUGCACACAUUUUGGUGGUCCUGUAGAAUAUCUUUGCAAUUAAUGUGUAGCCAAACACUAACAUUUUGCCAGGUACCAUGCCACCUGACUAUAAGAAGAAUUCUUCUUUCCUAAACAAAGGAUGUGCAAAAAACAAACAAUCAGGCAGUGUAUAUAUGUUCAGGGCCAGGGCAGGCACAUAUGUCCCCUUAUGUGCCUAAAUUGAUAAUCUGUCUUGUUGACCUACUAUUCUGACCUACUAUGUUGAGUCUAUGGCUGCUCCAGUGGCUAUAUAUUCGUCUGUUUAAGCUUGUUUAGUUAAUUGUCUAUUUCUACUUUAAAGACGUGCGGCUUACGCUAUGCACAAUAAUUGGCAAGAUAUUUGUUUUUCUUAUUUUUGAUAUUCUUCUUCAUACCAAAGCCUAAUUGUUAUCCUCUAAUACACUGCUAAUAUGUCAGCAUCUUAGAAUGAAUCACUGUACAAACAAAAAACAACAAAUACAAACAACCUGUAUGUCGCUGAGACAAAGCAAGGUGUGACUGAAUGAUGGGUGGCAAUUCAUCCCUUAAAAACUAUGGAAUCUGUUGGCUCUAUAAUAAUAAUAACAACCCCAACCGGACUGCCCUCAGGACCUCGCUUGCUAUAUCCAGACAGAUUAUUACUUUGAAAAGUCAUUCAAAGGCUGGACCAGGAAAUACACUUGCAUUUUGAACCUGAUGUUACAUCUGCCUUCAUGAGUUUAACUUACACAGUCUGUGAGCAGAUUUUAUUUCUUGUCAUGUUAAUUCAUAUUCUUUAAUUUGUAGCAGUGACUAUUGAGUAACUACUUGCAAAUUUUAAUGAAUCAUGUUUUCCAUGCCUCCUCAAAACCCAGAUUUUGUACCCAAAUCCACAAAUAAGAAACAAAUUUAAAAAAAGACUUAAAAUCGACACACAAAUAUGCAAUGGAAUCUACAUACAUGAGAGCUUCAGGAGCGCUCCACACAUAAAUAUAGUCUUCUUCUGGGCUGUGUACAUGAAUACUGCUAAGUCAUACCCACAAACAUCCUCAAUGCUUCUUCUUGAGGUUAAGACUAUCUGUCCGGUUUAGGAAAGGCUUGGUAGGCAUUAACCAUUAAUAAUGUAAAAUGUACAUGUCUAAUUACCAUUAACAAUCUAUUAAUGGUCUACAUGUCAUUACUUUAUCUAGCUCAGCCUGUUUAUAAUUAUUGUUAUUUUUAAAUGGGAGUAACUAUAAUGGGUCUCUUAAAAUUAAUCCACCCUGAUUCUUUCUUUUUUUUUAUUUUUAGUAUUUUAUAUUUAUGGUACACCCAUUUAGUACACUGUUAAACUAAAAACAAGUCACUGGCAUGUACUUUUUGAAUAUGUUUUUGAUUUGGAACCCUUCUAUACUGAAUUUAUAUUUAAUGAAACACUGUGAUAUUGUUACUUAGGUUGUUCCUUUAAAUAAACAAUCCAUUGAUUUUGUUUUAACAACUUAGUAGAUAUACCCCCAAAGACAGCAUGCAUUUUUUUGGUCCGAAUCUUUUCUAUGGUAGUAUAUGAAAAAUCAGCUUGCAAAUUGCAAUCCCUCUUUUUCCAGGACAGACGUUCAGUACCAGGCUUCUCUGUCAAAAGUGUUCCUUUAAAAACCAUCUCUAAUCUUCUCUAUAAAAAUGCCAUGCCUAGCUACUGCUUUGUGACAUCCUCACACCCCAGGGCCUCUGUGUUAUUUUAUAAUUUUUAAAGGUAGCUGUACAGUCACCAAAACAACUAAAGCUUAAGGUAGUUGUUCUGGUGUGUAUAGUCUGUCCGUGUAGGCUUUUUAAUGCAAACACUGCCUUUUCAGAGCAAAGGAAGUGUUUACAUUGCUCUCUAGGGACACCCCCAGUGGCCACUCCUCAGACGGCCACUAGAGGUAUUUCCUGGGACAGUGCCUCACAGUGCGCAUCACUAACAUUCAGCAUCUCCACGCUUUGCAUGGAGACACUGAACGUCCCUCAUAGAGAUGCAUUGAAUCAAUGCAUUUCUGUGAGGAGAUGCUGAUUGGCUAGGGUGGCGUUAUGUUACACAUGUGCAAUAGCCUUCCAAUGCUUUGCUGUAGGAAAGCAUUGUAUUUGCUGAUAUCAUCAAUUCUGGUGAUGUCAGCCAAGCAGGCGGAUUGGAGCAGGGUCAGACACGAGGAGCCCAGCGUGCAUUGGAAAAAAUUUGUAAAUCAUCUUUCUAACCCCAGAUAAGGGGAGCUGACCACCUACACGGUGGUUUUAUAGCUAUAGUGUCAGAAAUACACGCUUGUGUUCCUGACACCAUAGUACCCCUUUAAAGACAAAUAUAAUCUCACUGUUACUCACUAAAAAUAUUGGUAAUCAAAAUAAUUUAAAAGUGAAUUUCAUAUUUAAGGGCAAAAUAUCUGAACCAGAAACAUAGCUGACUUUGAGAAUCUUUUUGGCCUUAAGUUUGAAAUUCACUUUGCAUUCCUGGAAAUUCUCCCACCUCCCACCUCCAGCGUAAUGAAAAUCGGGCACCGGUGGAAUGGAGGUAAAGGGGGAUUACCAGCAUCACUAGCCCCACCCCCAAGUUGUCAGUCCUGCCCAGAAAUGGGGCAGGUCCAUACAAGUUAAUGGCGGGUCAGCCUGUCCAUCACUCAGGCCGGCCCACUGAGAGCAGGGCAUGCAGAGAGCACUGUUUCACACCCUGCAGGGUUCUAUUGCCUUGAACAUCUGUCCUAUUGUGUUUUAUACCCCACCUCCUAUAGACUGUAAGCUCGUUUGAGCAGGGUCCUCUUCAACCUAUUGUUCCUGUAAGUUUUCUUGUAAUUGUCCUAAUUAUAGUUAAAUCCCCCCUCUUAUAAUAUUGUAAAGCGCUACGGAAUCUGUUGGCGCUAUGUACAUCGUAAUAAUAAUAAUAAUAACAUAGCGCAGGCCCAUCUUAUGAUGCGUUCAUGCUAUGAUUGUUGGGAACAAUUCCCUGGUGUCCCCAAAAGCAGGACUGUCCUGCCAAAAUAGGGACGGUUAGGAGGAAUGUAAGCUACAAGGUCUAAAAGCUGCUUGCAAUAUCAAACGCACAAGUAAACAGCAUUAUUUCUGUCUAAUUCACUGUGUUUAGUUUUUACAUGUAGCUCCCUCCCUACCUGUUAUUAGCCAUCUCCAGUCCCCAAAUUCAUGAACCUUUUGUCUCCUCUUCUAUAUAUAUAUUGAGUGUUAUUUGGGCUACAUGCUAAAUCUUAAACUAUGCAUCAGCUUCUGUUCUAUUUUGCAAUGAUUUAUCUUUCUCAUGACAGGCUGAUUUGUUUUUCCUUUUACCCUCACCUGGGCUGAGCUUCCACUUGGUGACAAGUGGUAAUUUUGAGCCCUGGAUAACUUUUUCGCUCUGAAGAUUUUUCCAAAUGACAUGUCCCAUGAUACCUUACGUUAGAAGAGCAUUCUGGGGAAAAUGCAGUCCACAAACUUUAAAUUUUAAACUUUCCCUUAGCCACCAGUUGCCUAGUUAUUGUCCCAUAUUUUAAUGUCAUAAAAUGCUAAGUAGACAUAUAUUAGUACAGCUGCAGGUGGUAUAAAAACAAAAGUUAAAAGUAGCUGGCACAUUUUGUUUUUGUUUAAAAAAAAAUUCCAGUUGCCCAUAAAAGUCUUAUUUUCAAUUUAGACUAAAAGAUCAAAAAUGUUUCAAUAAAAACAAGCUUUAUUCUGCAUGAGUUCAUUUGUAUUUCUUUGAAUGGUGAAAAUAUAUUUUUGGACUUCAGACACAAACAAGCAAAGGAACAAGAAUCUAUGAAUGUAGCCAGACUCGGGUGACUCAUAACAAAAAGCUUUCCUGAAAUAUCUUAUAUGGCUUUAUGAGAACAUUGUGGUGCUGUGAACAACAACCAGAGCUGGAUGCAUUUUAGUACUUCCUAACAGUCAUGUGCAGUAUACUGAUAGCUCAUUUUUAAAGGGACACUAUAUUCACCAAACUACCUUUAGCUUAAUGAAGCUGCAAUGUCACUGCUCACGUUUCUGCCAUUUUGGAGUUAAAUCACCGUAUGCAGCCCUAGCCACACCUUCCUGCAUGUGACUUGCACAGCCUUCCUAAGCGUCAUCUAAUGUUUACACUUCCUUUAUUGCACAUUCUGUUUAAUAUAGAAUUUCUUAUCUCUUGCUCUGUUAAUAGCUUGCUAGACCCUGCAGGAGCCUCCUGUAUGUAAUUAAAGUUCAAUUUACAGAGCACGAGAUGAAAACUUUUAAAGUAACUUACAUCUGAUUGAAAAUGUAAAAAAAAAAAUUCAUGCAGUCACAGCCAGGGGGCGUGCGGCUAGUAAUGUAAUAAGUCCAAUGCAGAUAAAAAAGGAUAGCCUGCUGCUUUUAAUUUGCUGAAAUAAAAUAUUAACCCCUCCCACUGAUUCUCUGCUCCAUGUUGACAAUGUGCAGCAUGCUAAUUAUGUACACUGUAGUCAUUUAGAGUUUGUUGGUGUAAAGAUGAACCUGUCACCCACAAACUGCUGAUAGUAUAGCAGCACAUGCCGAUCAGCUUUGAAGUCAUGUGUCUGCAAAAAUCAGUUUACAUCUCUCAAGUGACAUAUUCAUUGUAAUGUUUACUUCAUUGAUAGCAGAUAAGGAUCAGAAGACAUCAGGAUAAAACAUCAUGAAGACUAUUUGAAUGAAUUGUGUCUAGGGUCGAUGAAUUGCAGCGGAAGCUGUUUUGUUGGAAUCACAUGUAUCUGAUUAUUAUGUGGAUUAAACAUUUUGCAAGGUGCCAGGCACAGAAUUCAUGUGACCAAAUAAUCAUUCACAAAACAACAAUGAACGUGUGAUUGCAGGGAGUUGCUCAUUUAUAAGCAAUGUAAAAUUUUUCAGGGAGGAAAUUUUUGUUGGUUUUGUGUCUGAAGUAGUUUAACAAAUAAAGUGUCAAUAUGUCAUGCGAUAGUGACUGUUAAAUAUGUUAAUUAUGUAACUUGGUGAAUGUUACAAUUUAAAUACUUACCUAAAAAUAUAUAGGAUUAUUCACUAAAAAGGUUCUUAUAAAGAACUUACAUGGGAAUUGACAACUUUACGUCACAAUAUCGGUGUUGGAGAUGUAGCUGAAUUAGAUUUUUGUUUUUACUGUAGCUGUUUGGUUUGGCUAUUCCCUUGUAUAUUCUACAAAUUCCUAUUUUAGUGAAUAAAUGCAAUAAACGUUUCAGGAUGCUUUUGAAAAAUACAUUUCAUGCAGUACUAUAUAGGAGAAUGCCCACCCUUGCUGUAGGAGAAUGAUUAUUGAAAAACUGUCUUAGAUUCUAGUAUAUUUCUAGCCCUUGGAAGUGAUGAGUUACCUUUGCUGGACUUGGUUUCUCGUGGUACUUUGCCAGGUAGAGUUCCGAAAUAUUUGCUUUUACUAUGCGUUUACGUUUGAAACAGAGUUACGUAGUGGAAGAAGAGUGACAGGUUGGGGAUUAAUGCCAGUUUAUCUUAACUGGAAGGCCAGACAUCAUCUGACCAACCCAUUAAAUAAUAGAGGUAUGUAGCCCAGUGUUUACUAGGCUAUAUUAUGGUUAGCUGCCGUUUACCCUGGUAUAGUUUGAUGGCUGCACUUUGUGAAAGCUUCAGACACCCAGCUGCUUUCUGCACGAGUCUCUGCUCAUUCAGUCGCAAUUCACAAUCCUAAAUAUGAUAGUGCGGGUGUUGAAAAGUUAAAAAGAAAUUAACUUAGAAUCAUGCAGAGAGCACAAGGGCAUCUAUAGCUUCCACUUACUGGAAAAAGGAAGAGAUUAACAAUUCAGCUGACAGAUAAAUGUAGAGAUGGGUUGGGGUUGGGCAAAAAUGCCCAAGCUGGUUUUUCCUGUACCAGGAACCACCUGCAACAUGUGUCUUUCAGCAGUUGAAUAAGGGUCAGCUUGUAAUCCGAUAUUAAUGUUUAUAAAAACCAAUAUAUCAUUUAUUCUGAAUGAACUGGAUUUUAAUUUUACAAUAGCCACAUAUAUGCACAGGUAGCAAAUAUAUAGGUUUUCAGAUAAAAUCCAGUUUCAAAAUGGAGAAAUUGAUAGACAUACAGAAGUUCUCUGCACUCCUACUUCGUCCAAAAUAUUUUCUGACGUUUCAAGAAACCAAGCAUUUGGCGAUUGUAGAGAAAAUAGAGACUGUGCUAGAAUCAGAUGUCAGGAUAAUUCUUUAUUUAUUAUACCUACAAAUCUAUAUUUUUGAUGGCCAUGUGGCUAAGGCGUCACUGUAUACAUGAAAUGGUUUACAGAUUAAGUGUAAUACACAACAGAGGCCAUUUAUUUUAUCUUGUUUCACGCUUCUACAACAAUAUCCGGAGGGCUUUCGCAAAAGAUUGUGCACAAAACCAGCUCUCUAGUAAUAAGAUUGAAUCGGUUAGACUCUUCCUGAGCCUGGUAAUGAUCUGAAAUGAUUAGAGUAUGUGCUCAGGGCCAGGAGAGGACAAGAAGAUUGGAUAGAAUGGAUGAUUCGAUCUUUCCCCUUGAGAUUACAAACUAUAAUCAUUGAAAAACAAACCGGUUUGCUGGGUAAUGUUCCAUGUAUUUUCAUUCCUGGAAUAUCCUCGCACAUGUAGGAAAUGUUGCAAUGGUUGUAUAAGAGGAUAACCUUUCAGCAAGUGUUGUUUAUUAAGAUGAACAUUUCAUCCACUUGUACAGGAUGUGCUAGUUCUUAGCAGCUAAGAGUAUUCUAAAAAAAUUAAAUAAAUCUCAUUAUAAUAUAAUGAAAUGAAAUAAAUAAUGGAACAAUGUUGAUUAAAGAAAAUAAACAGAUGUAUAGUUUCUUAUAGUAUGUUUAAUUUGUGCAUAUUUAAUCAGUUAAUAUAAUUAAUUCCCCUGUAUUUUGUUAGGGCAUUUAAUGUACUUUCUAAACAUAUCUGUCGGUCUGCGUCGGUGGCUGUGCAUCUGCAUUACUGCCUGUCUGUGGAUUUAUAAAGUCCACAGGCUAAGGUCGCCCUCUAUGCUAUUGGAACAUGUAAUGAAAUAAAUUUAAAGGGACACUAAAUCAUCCAUUGUCAUGGCAAGAAUCAUAUUUGAUAAUGCAGCAGUGUAGUAUUCAUAUUAUUGGCUGUAGUGCCUUGUAAAAACACAAGAACAAAACCUAGGGCUGUGUCUGUAGACUUAUAGCACCAUCACCAUUAACCACAAAUAUGAGCGGUAGUGGCUAUAGUGCGUAUUGUACCUCUUUUAAUAGAAACGGUUAACUUUUAGAAAAGUGACAGUUCCUUGAUUACUCAAACCAUUAAAUGCUGUUGUUUAACUAACGUAAAACACGUAUUUACCUGCACUGCACUUCUAUAUUGAUUGACUUCACCAACCCAUGAUGCCUUGAGCACAUUCAGGAGUGCUUAAUACUUUUUCAAGCAGUGCUGCCUGCACACAUGCGCAGUGUGUACAGCAUUACAGAUGUUAAAGGAACACUCCAAUUCAUUCCAAGCUGCUGGAUGUGUACAUUACAGGAUUAGCGUAGGGGAUUAGUUGAGAAUAUUGGUAGACCAGACGUAUAUUAGAUAAUACACUGGCACUAAGAGAUGAGAUGAGCUUAGCUUUAGAGGAGAAAUUAAUUUCAUUUUCUAAUGAUGAACAGGGAUCAAAUGUAUGUAGUUCCUUUUUCCAGCUGUUGUUGGUAUAUUGCACAGUAUAAUAUGUAUAGGAAGUUUACUGUAAAAAUUAAUUAAACACAGCAAACACCAAUUCAAAACUGUGGUCAUGGCAUAUGUUAUGGUGCAAGGAGUUCCCCAUUUCCCUGCUAUGUAUUGCUUAUAUCUGGAGUGAUGUGUAAAAUUACUGUGACUAUAAUCCCACCCAACCCCUCUUAGAAACAUCAAAAGGAAGUUAAACAUUCAUGGUUGUACAAGUACUUGUAUAGCAUGUACAUACCUUCUUUAGAGAGCUGCAUCUAUAUCUUUAUCAUUGGCAAGUGAAAAUGUAGACCUAGAAAGCCAAUAUUCACUUCACACAGUAAAUGUUUCAUUGACUCUCCAGACUUUCAGUGACGACUAACUUUUAAGGACUUGAAAUUUUAAGCUCUGUAUAUCAUUCAGCAAUAUUAAUAGCAUUCUAGUAUUCUUGUUGACAAGGUUCUUUGAAAUAUAAAUAAAAAAAUUAUUUAUCCUGGUAGUGUUAAAAGCUUUCUGCAAAAAGGCUGGGAUUGGGGGUCAGAAGUCUAAGGAUUUAUUUACAAUUCUUUUUUUAUUCUGCUUUUGUGUCCUCUCUUUUUAUUUAAUCCUCUCACUGAUUUCUAAUGUUCAUGUGUAGAAAGUGGAUUUAUUACCUGAUGCUCAAGGUAUGUAGUGAUCAUAAAGCGGUAUUUACCCUCUAGAGUCUAGACAGAUGUAAUUGGUCCAUAAAGUCAGGGGACGAGAUAAUGGACGAGGGAAGAAAAGGUAGGAGAAAUGCGCACGUAAAGCGGCACUGUCACCGUCCGGUAACUUUGCCAAAUUUGCAAAGAUUCCCAACGGUGACAUUGCCACAGGGGGUCCAGUGGCCUGGACUUGUCCUUCGUGGUCACUGCUAUCUUGAUAAGAAGGGUCCUCUUCAGCUCCUGGCGCUUCAGCAAGUUCGAGAGUACAUCGUUGAAGUCUGUGGAAGAUCCCGUAAAACCAGCCAAUUCCCUGCAGCCAUUGCUGGUGUACCGUUGUCUGGAUUGAUACUUAGACUCCGCCUUGAGUCUAGGAAAGUCAGGUUUUAGGAGAAAUACAGAGACAAAGUCAUACUUUGACUCUGUAUAUCUCUUGACUGGGUCAGAAUUUCAGUGAAAUCCAAACACAGUCAAAAUGAGUAUUUCAUAAAGAUUCUAUCUUUAUGAAGUACUAAUUUUUCAGGGGGGUGACAGUUCCGCUUACAUUUUUCUUUUAAGUUUAAUAGUAUUGAAAUGAGUUUGCAGUACUUUAUUUUAGAUCUUUAUAUUUUUUCAUGCUAGUAAAGUUUAGACAAUGUAAUUUAAUUGGUUUUAUUUACAGAUAUAAAUUAGAAGCAUUUUUUUUUUUUAUGUAGGUAACAACAAGUGUUUAUCUAGCCCUUGCAAAAAUGGAGGAGUCUGCAGAUACCUUAACGAAGAUUACUCCUGCAAAUGUGCUUCACCGUUCAUAGGGAAAGCAUGUCAGACUCGUAAGUAGGAAGAUUAUGUGAGUAGUUGUGUUGCCUAUAAUUUAAUAGAUUUCUUAAAGAGCUCCCUAAGCACCAUAACCACUAACCCAUCCCCAGUGCUCAUAGCCCAUCAUUGCCAACCGUGUUUGUAUAUACAAUGUGAAUGUUUGCUUUUGCACUAUGCUUGCUUUAAUAGAGGGGCUAGGCUUUGAGCGCCAAUAACUCUGGUUCCUUUAAACCACUCAAAAAGAUUUUACGUAAAAAUUGAGGAACAACACCCAAAGACUAUGUGCAUGUUUACCACUAGAAUAUGCGUAGAAUUUAGUGGUUAUGGUGCAUUUCUACAUACCUACCAAGUGUCCCUAUUUAGGAUCCCUAUUUUGUGCCCAAAUCCCUGUCCUUCUCUCCUAUUCUAAUGUCCCUCUUUUCUAAGAGCUCGAUAUUGUUGGUGUGCCUGAGUGUAUAACAGAGCUCAAUAGCAAUAAUACUCACAGUUUGUCUUUAAACUACAAUAAAUGUGUUUAGAAAUCAGUCUGUGUAAAAAGGAUACAUUGUUCUUGUUCUAAGUUACAUUUUAGUUGCAUAAAUUGUCAUUAGUAAAUAAUCUAACAUUUUGUAAGAUAUUAAUGAUUUAAUUGCCAUGUAAGCUUUAAACAUCUUACCAGAUACUUUGAUAAAUACAUCCUUUAGCAAUUUUACUUACCUCGCCUUAUUGUAUUUGAUUAUUUGUUGUGUGAUAUAUUUAAUUAGUUCUAUUUUUCUAUUUAGGUUGUGCCAAUGCUCUAGGAAUGGAAGGUGGAGCGAUAACAGAUGGCCAGGUAACCUCUUCAUCCAUGUACCAUAGCUUCCUUGGCAUUCAGCGCUGGGGGCCAAACUUAGCCCGUCUAAACAAUAAAGGGAUAGUGAAUGCGUGGACUGCAAACAGCUAUGACCAACAUCCGUGGAUUCAGGUAUUAUCUCAUCUUCCAAAAUACACAUAACAACAUAGUUAAUUCUCAAUUUGUUCCAUAUGUAUCAGUGGAAGACUUGAUACUUUUGGCCUGGGAGCUAGUACAAACACAUACAGUAUUAGUCACUAAACAAAAUUCCGACUGCGUUGACAAUUCUCUGAAUGCGGUUAGGAUUCGGUCGGUCUGACGGACUCUGCAACAUUGGUUUGGAUCAGUGAUUACUGCAUGGCGGCCAAUGAUAAACCGAAUGCAUCUGGCCGUAUGCUCAUUUAUUAAUUAUCGUUUACUUGCUUUUUGCAAGUAAAUAGAUCAUUUGAAGAACUACUUGCCUAAAUAUAGUCCACCCAUGCCCCUACCUGUGGGAAUCGGGUGGUUAAUAUUUAGAAUUUUAGCGGGGGACCUAUUGUACCCUCCCUUGACCCCCACCCAUGCCGGCUGGUUAGGUACACUAAGUUGUACAAAAAAGGGUGGGAUGAACUAGUGUCUCCUCAGCCGGCCUCCCCCCCAUGCCAGCUGGUGGGGGGCACACUAUUUUUAAUACGGGUGUUUGACAUACCAUUAUCCACCCUCCAAAAUAACAGUAACCAUCCCUAGGUGGCUAGUGGUCCAUGAUCCCCUAGCCACCUCCUAAAAUAUUGUCCCUUCCUACCCUCAUCUCCCUAAUAAUAGUGAGGAGGGGCCAUGAAAUCUAAAACCUGUAGAAUAAUUACACCUAGCAUGAGAAGUCUUCUAAUUCUUCUUUUCUUCAGCCCCAAAAAAGGCCAAAAAAAUACAUAAUUCCAGAUGCUACUAAUUAAAAUAAAAAAAAGCCCAAACAUUUGAAAAAUAAAAACUGCACUGCAACAUAAAUGAAUCUAUCUUGGAGAGCUCGCCGAAGAAUAUGUGCUCAUGCCGGGGAAAUCCCUUUUAUAUGCUUCCCACACUAAGCUUGCAAAGUGUGGGAAAAUUUCCCAAGCUUUGCAAUUUGACUAAGAGCGCUCUGAUUGGUUGGCUAGUACCCCAACCAUUUAGAGCGCACUGGCAGCCAGGUCUCUCUUCUCUCUAUAACUUUUUUAAAAUUAAAUCCAUGCUCGGAGUUGAAUUCUGAGCCUGGAUAUGUUGCAUUCGCCUGCAGAGAUCGACCCAUCUGAAAUCCAGAUCAAAUUCAGGAACGUUUGGGGCCAGAAUUUCCAAAAUUAGAUGCAGAUGAAUUCCAUCAACAAUGUCUGUAUUUUGCAGUCCGAAUGGCCCCGUUUGCAGCUAUUUGAUUUUGUCCCAUUCUGACUUGAAUAACCUUGAUAGUCCAAUUUGAGAUCAAAGCAGAACAGAAACCCACUUCAAUAUCCUUUCUUUAUUCUACAUGAGAUAUGUAAUACCAAUUCUGUAAGUACUAGAAUAUGAUAACAAUGUAACAGAUUUACAUAAGGUUAGAGUUCAUUGUUCAAUUAUAUUCUGUUUACAUCCCAUAGGUGAAUCUGUUAAAACCAAUGCGGAUAUCUGGAAUCAUCACGCAAGGAGCUAGUCGAAUGGGUACUGCUGAGUAUGUAAAAGAUUUUAAAGUGGCAUACCGUGAGGACGGGAGUGACUUCACCUUUGUCAAGGCUAAUGAAAAAGACACUAAUAAGGUGAGAUUUUUUAUAGUCUGAUUUUAAAGUAAUACCGCAGUGUUUCAUACUCCACUUAGAUUAUUGGGUCUCCAGCACAGUGCUCUAAGAAGCUAAAGUACUUUAUGUAUUUGAGGUGCUUAAUGAGGGUUUCAGGGCAGGGAUUUCAGUACAUUUCUGUUCAAAUUUCUACUCACGGUGGCUAAAUUUUCAUUUCCCAAUGGCUAGUGGCUAAUGGAAAUUUUGAUCCCUGAUAUAUGAAAUAGUAUUACUUAUCACUAAUUCUCCCUUUAGACUUAUGUAUCUUUCAUAUGUUUUAAUGAUUUUUUUUUUUUAUAAUGCUUAGAGCUAGGGAUAUGUCACCAGUAGUGAUGUCCCGAACUGGUCGCCGAACGGUUCGCCACGGACUCCAGUCAGCAGACACAUUCCAGCCAAUCAGCAGCAGACACUCCCUCCCAGAGCCUCCCACCUCCUGGACAGCUCACUAAGAAUGCAGCUUCAAGUGGAUGCUGUCCAGGAGGUGGGAUGGUCUGGGAGGGAGGGUCUGCUGCUGAUUGGCUGGAAUGUGUCUGCUGAUUGGAGUCCGUGGCGAAUCGUUCACGAACCGUUCGGCGAACAGUUCGGGACAUCACUUGUCACCAGAUCUGAGAUUGAUGGGAGUCAUACUGCCAGGCAGCAGCUGCUAUUUCAGAGCAAAAUCAGAGGAUUACCCGCGGGAUAUGAAAAGACCCCAGUCUUGCAGUAUGGCGAUCUGUGCUUCACCACUGAUGCUUAGAUCUCACUGUAAUCAAUGAUAUUUCUUCUGUACACUUUGUCGGCUACAGGAAUACCUUAUUUAUAUCAUUAUCAGAAAUUCCUUGUUAAUUAAAGAUCAGUGGAGACUCAAAACUACAUAUUUUUUUUCUGUAUGUGCUGAAUUUCACUCUUGUAACAGCAGUGUAUAAUGAAUGGAUAAAUAAGACACGUGAGGCCUUUUCCCUUACAGUGAUACUAUAGUGUAAGGAAUCCAAAGCUGGGAAGAUUAGAUUCUUGAAAACUGCAAUGUUUUACAUAGCAUGACUCAGUGACACAGGGACACUGCAUCCAGACCGCUUCAAUGAGCUGAAGUGGUCUGUGUGCCUAUAGUGUCCCUUUAAUCCAAUAAUGAAAAUAAACAUAUUAAUUAAACUAUGUAAAGAAUACCACCUAAUAUAAAAUUAUCCUUGUACGCUAAACCCCUAACUAAGCUUCCUUCCAUUUCUUAAAAUGUUAACAAUUCCAGCCUUUCAGGGCACAUGGUGUAACAGGCCAGUGAUACUAAUGACUUCCAUGUCGCACUGUGUAGAUGGCGGUGUGCUGUUAAGCUGUAAAACAUUUGGCAGAUAUGGCUGUAAUUAGAAUCAUUAAGAAAACAUAUGAAUGAAGGUUGUCUAGGACCCUGGUUCAUUCAUGGAAUGUGAGUGGCUUCAAUAGAAAGAUUUUAGUAGAAAGCUGACAACUAAACUCCAUUUUCACGAAGCUCCCAAAAAAAGCUAUAGAUACAUUAGGACUGACAGAAAGUGUUUAAGCUAGUUUAUGAAUUAGUGAAAGUUAGUGAAAGUUCUCUACAUAGGUCUUUAAGAUCCUAUGAAAUUUCUAAAGUAUCUAUUUUUUUUUACAAUGUAUUUAUUAUGUUUGAAUAUAUUAACUAUAUAAUCUACUACAAAAUAUUUAUUUCAGACUGGAAUGUGCCUUUAAUAUAAUCAGAAUAUUUACCAUCGAUUAAAAAUGUAUAAUGUAAACUGCUUAAAGGACCACUAUAGGCACCCAGACCACUUCAGAGAAACUGCUAUGUUUAUAUUAGGGUUAAUUCAGCCUCUGGUGGCUGUCUCAUUGACAGCUGCUAGAGGCGCUUAUGUGCUUCUCACUGUGAUUUUCACAGUGAGAAGACGCCAGCGUCCAUAGGAAAGCAUUAUGAAUUUUGAAUGCUUUCCUAUGAGACUGGCUGAAUGCGCGCGUGGUCUUGCCGCGCAUGGGCAUUCAGCCGAGGAGAAGGAGAGGAGGCGGAGAGGAGGAGGAGAGUCCCCCGCCCAUCGCUGGAGAAAGAGGUAAGUUUAACCCCUUCCUCUCCAUCCAGCCUGGCGGGAGGGGGACCCUGAGGGUGGGGGCACCCUCAGGGCACUAUAGUGCCAAGAAAAAGAGUAUGUUUUCCUGGCACUAUAGUGGUCCUUUAAAGGAACAUUCCAAACACACAAAUCACUCCUGAAUGCUGCAGUGUUUGUGUAAAGAGGUGUGUUUUUAAAUUUUGUAAAAGUGCCAAUUUCAGUGGAAAUGUUAUAACUGAUCCUUGUUACACCCCCUGGCUUUAAUAUAGAUCAUUGAGAAGUCUGUGAUUGGACCACCAGAGAAAGUCUUGCUGGGGAAGAAGGGGAAAGCUUGCAGUGGCUGCAGAUAUGAGAAGUGCAGCUAUUGCAAACCAGGAUGUCAUAAACUCUUAAAGAAUAGAGAUGUCGCGAACCGUGCGCGAACUUCCCGCGAACGGCUCGCCACGGUUCGCCGUGAACCGUUCGUGGUGAGCUCCGGUCAGCUGACACAUCCUGGCCAAUCUCCAGCAGACCCUCCCUCCCAGACCCUCCCACCUCCUGGACAGCAUCAUGUAUGCAUCAUGGAUGCUGUCCAGGAGGUGGGAGGGUCUGGGAGGUAGGGUCUGCUGGAGAUUGGCCGGGAUGUGUCAGCUGACCGGAGCUGAAGUUCGCGAACGGUUCGCGACAUCUCUAUUAAAGAAAACAUGAAAAGCAAGCAAACAAACUUCAUGUAUAUUUUCUUUGGGAGUAUAUAUCUGAUUUUUAAUGGAUUAUUCUUUUCGACAAUAUACAGAUUAAGGAACAGUGCACACAUAAAAAUACAGUUAACAUUUUAUUAAAACUAGUUAAAAUCACCUGUCUCAGCAAACAAAUAUGGGGAUUCAGUUUCACCAUAUGGCUAUUUCACCACUACGUCACUACAUCACAAUCAGAAUUGUGGCAUAAAUCAAGAAAAGAUUGUCAUUAAUACAUAAUUGAUUGCGAAGCAUGUUGUCUUUUCUAUGAUGUUCAUAGCACAAAAUGCUGGACUCAUGUUAUGUCAAAUAACCCUGCCAGGAAUUCAAUGACAAUGAUUUGGGAACAUCAGAGAAAGAAACUUAGAGGAGGUGUACAAGUGAUAAAGGAGAAGUAGUAGAUAUGAUGCAAUAAUUGCAUAAAAAGUAGCAUACCUUUUAAGAUGUGGUUGAUAUGACAUCAUAUAGUUAUUAGGUAGAUUUUAUGAAACAUAAUAAAAUGACAGUUAAGUGCUUUGGUGAAAAUGUCAAUGGCGAUAAUUAAAUGAAAGUAGUUUUUUUACUGAAUAUUCAGCACUGCAGAAUAUGUUGGAGUCUCGUAAAUAAUAAUAAUAAUAAUGAUGUAAUGCAUUUUGAAUUUAAAAAUAUUUGCAUUGUACAAGUGCUAAAUGAUUCUCUUUUAUUUGUAUUUUUAGAUUUUUGCUGGAAACACAGACAAUGACAGUAGGAAGGCUAAUAUAUUUAGUCCACCACUUGUUGCACAAUAUAUCCGUAUCUAUCCUGUGAAUUGUCGCAGAGCGUGCACGCUGCGCUUUGAACUCUAUGGCUGUGAGUUGAAUGGUAAGGUGUUACUUUUUAUAAAUUGAUUUAUUUUCUUUAUAUCUUUUCCCCCCUGCACACAACAGCUUAUAAAAAUCAGCUUAUUUAAGUUUUAAUUUUGAAAUCUAAAAUUUGCUUUUAUUCCUCACAAGAAGCCUGGCUUGCUCUUUCAGAAAUUAUAAUGAUCUACGUUUCACGCAAACAUUGUGUAAUCUGGAGUGUCUAUGUCUGUAAAAAGUGUUUCCACCGGUGUCGCCAUCUAAUGGCACAAUGUGGGAUAGCACUAAAUCCGGAACGUGUGUACUCACAUUUGCAAGUUGUCUUACAGAAUCUGUAUAAAGCAGUGAAAGUCUACAGGGUCCAGGAUUAGGAAAUAAAUGGUUCUUUGGCAGAUGACGGACAGUAACUCUCUGUGUUUGGCAGAGAAUCACUGAAGCUGUCAUGUCUCAAAUGCCACAAAGUAUAUACUUGAACAAGUUAUUGGUUUCAUGAAAAAGACAAUAAAUAAUUGUUAUUAAAUUGUAACAAACAUGUUUUCAUUUUUUGUUUAAACAAUUUUAACGAUUAAGUAAGCCUUUUAUUUUUAAAUGUGUUAUAUUUAUAUUUUUUAUUUACUUUUAUUUUAUUUUAUUUGCAGGUCACAAUUUUACAAUUUUUUAGCCUUUAUCUUUCUUAACUCAGCUGAUUAAAUGUCUAAGUAGUUUUUAAAUAAAUUACUGCAAACAGGCCAGAAAUUUUGGGGCCCCAGACGCAGACCAAGGUCUGGGCCCCCGGGGGCCUGCCCCCGAGUCUGCCCACAUGACCCGCCCCCAGAUCCACCCACAGGGCCCAUCCUGAGUCACAAGGAUGAAGUGUAUGUGUACUGAAUUUGGUGUGUGUAUAGUGGCUGUAGAAUGUGUGUAGUGGAUGCAAAGUGCAUCAGUAAAGUGUGUUUGUGUAGUGGAUAGAGUGUGUGUAUAGUAGAUUUAUGGUGUGUAUAGUGAAUGCAGAGUGUGUGUUUGUGUAGUGAAUGUAGGGUGUAUAUAGUGAAUGCAGAGUGUGUGUUUGUGUAGUGGAUGUAGUGGGUGUAUUUGAGUAUUGUUUGUGUUUAUAGUGAAUGCAGAGUUUUUAAUAAAUGUAGAGUGUGUGUAUGUAGUGAAAUGAGUGUGUACUUAGUGACUGCAGAUUGUGUUUGUAGUGGAUGUAGUGUGUGUGUAGUGAGUGCAGAGUGUGUGUUUGUGUAGUGAAUGCGGUGUGUGUGUGUUUGUGUAGUGGAUGAUGUGUGUUUCUGUGGUGGAGGAUAUAUGUGUUUUUUUUAGUGGAUGCUGUGUGUGUGUAGUGGAUGCUGUGUGUGUGUAGUGGAUGAUGUGUGUGUGUAGUGGAUGAUGUGUGUGUUUUUGUAGUGGAUGCUGAAUGUGUGUAGUGGAUGCUGUAUGUGUGUAGUGGAUGAUGUGUGUGUGUAGUGGAUGCUGUGUGUGUUUAUGUGGUGAUGCAGUUUAUGUGUUUGUGUAGUGGAUGCAUUUUGUCUUUUUGAUGGUGUGUAGUGGAUGCAUUUUGUCUGUUUGAUGCUGUGUGUGUGUGCUGGGGGGUAUUUAAUUUUAAAUAAAAAUGUAUUCCCCCCUCCCUGCUUUGGGCUACUUGCGUUUUAUUUGUUUUAGAGAGUAAAUGGUGGUGAACUGAAUACAGAAUUGCAGAAUUCACUUUAAAAUAGUCAAGUUGGGACAAUAGCUGCAUUACAACAUUUUCCAGUGCAGCUUUUCUGUCCUAAAAACUCAGCCCCAAGUCAAUCCCACAUUUGGGCUCCUGUUUCACACAUGUGGGUUUGUUCUCUGGUGUCUCCAAUAUGCACAACACAAACUCAUCAUCUGACAUCUGACACAGUCACUCUGUGGAAUUUGUGGCAUUCUAUUCUAUGAGAGAGGCAGGCCAGCACAUCUGGAUUGCCCCCUACUCGACCAAACAUUCACCAAUCCUGCAUUUAUAUCUUGUCCCCUGGCCUGUGUUCAUACCUCCCAUGUUGGGAAGUAUAAACAUGUGAGAUCUUGUGGGUCUUUGGGUCAUGCGCAUGUGUUCCAUCUGUGAACUGGAAUGGCUGGAAAAUAUGUACAUGGCCUCAAUUACAUCACCCCAAUGACUGUAAUGUCUCAGUGGAUAUAAAGACGACUGGAAUUGCAGGCGUAUAAUAUCUAUCUAUCUCAAUACACAUACAGACAUUAUCUCUAGAAAUUGAUUGGUGCAUUCUGACUACGAAUAUACCAUGCAAAUUAGAAAUAUGCUUGAAAUACACAAGCCCUAGUAGACAUGGAGAUAAAGCAGCCUUGACAUAGUCUAUAUUUUGCACGUUCAAUAAAUCCGUUUCCAAAUUGAGUAUUCGAAUAACAAAUUACACACUGCCAUUCACACCUAAUAAGGACUCCAAAUUUUUCUUUUUUAAUCGGACACUCUAGGUUCUGUUUGCAUGUUAUGUCAGUCCCAAUUGUUUGCGAUCUGCUUGACACUGAGUAAGGUACCAUAAGCACUUCAAUAAGAUGAAAUGGUUAUGGUGCCUAUAGUGUUUCUUUAAUGCCUCUACUUUAUACUUUAUGCUUUUAGAUAUAUUUUGAGUUAUCAAACACUAGCAAAAACUACUUAACAUGCAUGUCAAUACAAAACAUAAUCUGUAUCCUAAGGGAUAUUAGGUCCCUUAGUCCUUGAAUAUGCUAGGGCCAGAGGAUUAUUAAAUCAUUGUCCCAUUACUGCUAUCUACCAGUACAAGAUCAGUGCAUGUCUAUAACCUGGUCCUUAGUUGUGCAAAUCUGGCCAGCCUUUCCCCACGAGGCUUGCACAGUUUUGUUACUUACACAACAAUGUUGUUUAUAAAGUCAAUGGACAAUAUACAAAGUAGAGAGGUUGGCUCAUCAAUGAAGAGUGAUUUUCUGGCCUUAACAUCAGACACUGGAAAAAACACAUGAGACAGAAGGAAGAUCUCCGAUUGUUAGACCAUUCAAUCAUUUGAAUUGUCAGAUAAAUUUUUUUCACAGCCUACAGAUAUAGUUUCUUAAACUAUUAAAGAUAUUGGGCUCUAUAUUAAAUAUUAUUAAAUAGGUGUCUAACAGCUUUAGUACGCUAGCCUGAUAACAGCUGGAGUUGAACAGAAUAUUUUAUUUCCCUUAUAAGAGUUUAAUGGAAGGAAAAUAUCUCAUUAUCUCAACUUGUCUACCAUUUUAAAUAAGUGAUGUAAAAUAAUAUAAAAACAUAAUUUACAUUUGCAUGACACUUCCAGACAACAUUGUGUUUGCCAUUUAUAUGCUGGAGCUUAUUCAAUUUGAAUUGUCAGACUUUCAUUAAAGCACUUGGUCGGUGGUUGGUGAUAGAGAUGUCGCGAACCGUCCGCGAACUUCUUGCGAACAGUUCGCCACGGUUCGCUGCGAACCGUUCGCGGUGAAUUCCGGUCAGCUGAAACAUCCCGGCCAAUCUCCAGCAGACCCUCCCUCCCAGACCCUCCUACUUCCUGGACAGCAUCCAUGUUGAAGGCUGCUUCAACAUGGAUGCUGUCCAGGAAGUAGGAGGGUCUGGGAGGGAGGGUCUGCUGGAGAUUGGCCGGGAUGUGUCAGCUGACCGAAGUUCGCCGCGAACGGUUCGUGGCGAAUCACGGCGAACCGUUCGCGAGAAGUUCGCGGCGGUUCGCGACAUCUCUAGUUGGUGACUGCCAUUAACUUGCUGAGCACUUUGCAUUCAUUCUUUUUUUUUUUUUUACACCGAAUAAGAGAUGCUGCUUAUAUGUGAAUUAAAGGGAUAUUAUAGUCAUCAUAUCAAUUCUAGCCUAUUGAAGCAGUUUUCAUGUAUAGUUCAUACCCCUGCAGUGUCACUGCACAAUUCACUGCCGUUUAGGAGUUAAAUCACUUUGUUUUUGUCUGAGCAGCCCUACCAGCACCUCCCAUGGUUGUGAUUUACUCAGCCUGCAUGAUAAAAUGUUUUUAUUUUCAACCAGAUCUUAACUUACUUUACUCUGUAAAUUAAACUGCAAUAACACACAUGAGGCUCCUGUACAGUCUAGCAGACCAUUAACAUAUCAGGGCAUUCUAAAUUAAACAGAAUGUGCAAUGAAGAAAGUUUAAACAUUAGAUCUCUCUUUACAGGAAGUGUUUAGGAAGGCUGUGCAGGCCACAUGCAGAGAGGCGCUGCUUAAUAAACCAAAUAAUGUAACUCCUAAAUGGCAGAGAAUUGAGCAGUUCAUCUACUGAGACAUGAGCUACACCCCAUAACUGCUUCAUUCAAGGACGGCUGCCACCAGAUUUUUUUUAGUUAUUAUUAUUAUAAGAAUCCUUGCAGCAUGUAAUGAAACAAUGUGGAUGAACAAAAAGUAAUGUACAAAGAGAAACUGGGAUAUAAUGUACUCUAAAUAGAGUGCCAGCUAACUUCCAGACUUGGAACAGUUAAAAGAAAAAAUAAAUACAUGUUAUUAAAUAAUCAAAUGAGAAACUAAUUACGGUAUAUACAGUGAUGCUCGCGUACAAUAAGGUAAAUGCAAUAUCUAGUGAAUGCAACCAGCUAUUAUGGUAACAUAAGAAGGUUAGGCUCAAUAAAAACAAAAACUGCCUGUUAGCAAUAAUGUUGAACUGCCUAUUUGCAGUAAUGUACGGAUAGCAACUUGCUAGUUAACCCUUAGUACUGGUUGGUAUCAAGUAGGUAAGUAUCAAAUCAACCUGUUGAGGGAUCAUGCUAUAUGAUUAGUCGAAAUCUGAUAUGGAUAUCUCCUUGCACACGUCUGUGCCAGGGUAUAUAACGGUGAAAUACAGCAAGAGGGGAGAGUCACAUAGCAAUAGGAAUAUACAUAAUAGGAGGAGAAAACUAAGCGGUGAGUCAGAGUGAAUGCUAAAUCUUAAAAUCGGCAGAGUAUCUAUCUGAUACCAAUUUGAAUAGGUAUUAAAAUAAUAUAUAUGUGAACGGAAAGAUUAGUACUUUGGUGAAUACAAUGAGAUUUCCACUGCUAGAGUGAUCACUGUAAAUUCCCUUCCGUGCCAAAACGGGCACCUCUUUCUAUUCCCACACUCGAUGACAGAUACGCUAAAAUAAUCCUCCCGUGCCUUCAAUGGCACCUAUUGUUGGUCCCACACUAGAUCACAGUAAAGAGGAAGGCAUAGUGAUCUAGUGUUGGACCAACAAUAGGUGACAUCAUCAGCCAUCACCCUGUGUGGUCUGCCUGCUCCGAAUCCCGAUCGCAUUGGCAAUUCUCAUAUGUACUAAAGCCAAAUGCGGUUAGAAUUCGGUCGGUCUGACCCACAUUGUCUCAGAUAAGAAAAUCACAGAUUUUCCAAAUUUAUCCAAACCAAUCUACAGCACAUAAAUUGCAAAUUAUCAGUCUCUCAAUAGCCAACCAACCAGAUUUUCAGAUAUUUUUUACAUAUACUCCAUUUUAAAAAAUGUCAUAUCGUUUCAUUUCAUGCUGCAAGGAUUCUUAUAAUGGUAAAAAAAAAAUUCAGGUCGCAGUUGUCCUUCAAGCUAGAGUUGUUUUGGUGCCUAUAGUGUCUCUUUAAGCAGGUGUGAGUGGCUAAAUAUUCUUUAAAACAGGACAACUAGUGUAGAGUAUUAUGGGAUAGCUUAACUCACUGUUCUCUCACUUCCAUUUGAGUGUAAGAGCACAAUUAGAGUAUUCCUUCAAAUGGUUUUCAUCAUAAAAAAAGAAAAAGAUUAACACAUAUUUAACGGUAAUUCUGCAUUCAUUGGGCAAAGUGAAUAUCCUGAAACAGCUAUUCCACAAUUCAUUCGAUUUAGCAUCAGUCUCUUACUCACUGCACUUGGUCUAGUCCUUUUUUUUCCGAUGUAGCUAUAUUAGUUUAAUUGUAUACUGUGCUUUCAUUGCAUUUAUCAUGCUGGCUGUGAGCUUGAGAUUCUGAGCACUCCCCCCUUUUCCACCCUUCUGUAAACUGUUGUUACAGUGUAUUUCAACAUGGUAGGUUGCUCUCAGCCGCUUGGAAUGAAGGCCUACGCAAUUUCUGAUAAGCAAAUCACAGCCUCCAGCGUCUACAAGACAUGGGGACUUGAUGCAUUUACAUGGUACCCUCACUUCUCCCGGCUCGAUAAAAUUGGGAAGUCAAAUGCCUGGACAGCAGGAGAGACUAGUCACUCAGAAUGGCUGCAGGUAGGCAAAUAAUAUUUUUUUAAUUUAAUGUCUGUAUAAUAUAUUGUCAGUGCUUUAUUUAUUUAUUUAUUUUAUAUUGCUGGGAAUUCAAACUGAAGUUAAAAUAUAUAGACAAUAUAGGGCAUUUUUCUGACACCUUGCACAAUUUCCACUGACCCUUUACUUUGCACUUUUGUUUAUGCAUAAGUGUAUGCCAGUGGUGUGUGUGGGGACACUGCUUGUGAUGUUGAAUGUAUGUUGAGACGCAUCUGUGGUGAUGCACUGCUUGUGGUAUUGCGUGUUUGUAGGGACCUAGCUUGUGGGGGAAUUAGGGUCUGUAGCCUGUGUGUGGGAAAAUAGAGGCUGUAGGGUGUGUUGCAGGAUAGAGGCUGUAGUGUUUAUGGAAGUAUGAACAGUAGGGUAAUAGGGGUUAGAUUGUGUGUGAUGGGCUUCCUGUGGAGAGAGAGCAGCUAUAGUGAAGGGAUUGGGGGUUGUAGUAUAAGGAGGUUGAGGGCUGUAGUGUAGGGGGUUAGAGGAAGUAGUAUAGAGAGGGAUAAGAGCUCUGGUGUAGGGUGUAGACGCCUUAGUGUAAGAGAGUUGGGGCUGUAGAGUAAGGAGUUAUGGGUUGUAGUGUAGAGGGUGUAGACUGUAGUGUAAGUGGGUGGUGGCUGUAGUGUAUUUGGGUGGUGGCUGUAGUGUAGAGGGAUAUGGGGCAGUAAUGUGGUAGGAUGUGGCUGUAGAUUAAGGGAAUAUAGGCAGUAGUGUAGGGGGGUAGUGUCUGUGGUGUGAGGGUGUCGGGGGGGCUGGGAAGGCUGUAAUGUAGUGGAGGACAGGGUCUGGAGAGUAUGGGGGUAGGAGCCGGAGCUGUUUGUGGUGCAUGAUAAAAACAAACAAAAAUUUAUUUAAAAAAUGAUACAUUUUAAUCCCACUUCCCUCUUGCUUAACUUGAAGGAGAGGAUAACAUUGAUUUCUGGUAGGCCAGUAAUAGCACAGGUUUGUGCACAGCCUGCAUGGUGAAUGCUGUGCUCCUGGCAGGCAAUGGUGAAGAAUCAAAGUGUUUCCAUGGUAACCCACGGCAAUCCUCUGAUCCACUCCAGGGAGUGAUACAUGCUCCUAUGAUACAAGCUCCCUGACCCCCCAUUUCAUUCCACUGGUCUGCUUGCAUUGGAGACCAACAGUCUUUGAAGCUGGAAGGGCGCCCCAAUAGAGAGGCACCUGGGAGUGCCUCUGCUGACAGCCUUAACUGGUUUUGAUGGAACAGUUAUCAGUACUCCAUCCUGGCCAAAACAGAGCAGGCCACCUCUGGAGUGAGAGAGCUGUGUGGUCACCUGGAGCCCCUGUUGCCAUGGCACCCUGUGCUGCUACACAGCUCGCACACCUCAAAGUACAGCUCGACUGGCCAAACCUAAAGCAAGAUAUAGCUUGUGUUUGAUACAUAUACAAGGAGGAGAAACAAGCAGUAAAAUUGUGCAGUUGGUUUCAGAAGAAUCGUAUUCCAUCUGAAUUAUAGGCAACUGACGAUUCAUCCGAAUUACUAGACUCCAAAAUGCCAUAUGUACAGAUAUCACGAAACAAUCAUCGAAGGACAUGGAUGUGCCGCUAUGUUUGUUUUGUGAUUCUGCCCCCCCGCCCCCUUUUUUGUAUAGCCACCACCUGCUGGCCAUGAGUUGAGACAGGGAGUAGACAGAGACCUGUCCACUCAUCAUUAUUUCAUUUUAAACCCCUACCUGCUGCCCACUGGUGGGGACAAAGGGGAAAUCUGUUCCAGGUCUACCCCAGUAUUUUACAGGCCCUCCUGGGAUGGAGGCUUUCUUAGUAACUUUCUCCCAAAAUGAUUGCAUAGACAACAUUUGUCCAAACCGAACGCCACAUGGACGAAGUUGGAAUUGUCCAAACCAAAAUGUUUUUCUGGUCGAACCAAAUUUUUUCACCAUUCACCUAUGUCUAAUUUACAUAUAUAUUCUACAGUUUGAUAUUAUAUCCAAUUACGCUAUUUUGGUUCUACUUUCUUUGUAUUUUCCUGAUUAUCUUUAUCGGUGUUACUUAUACCACAUGUAUAGCAUGUUACAUUAGAAAUACCAAUCUAGGCAGGAGAAAUAAUUACUCAAGUGAUUUUGCUGUUUGGCAUAUACAUCACCAACAAGAAUGUAAAAUAAAAGAAUCUCUGACAACUUGUUAGUUUAGCUUGCAAACAUCAAAAGACCUGUUUUUUUUAUCUGCUAAUCAAAACUGCACAUGUGAGUCCUCCAAGAAGUCUCGGGUAAUAAAUAAUAAUAAUAAUUGAUAAUAAUAGUAAAAAAAAUAAUGAUUUUUCCCCCCUUAAUUAGAGAACAAACAUAAUUUUAUAUUAAAUUGGUGUUUUUAAGGUUGUUGGUACAUGAUAUGCUUAUAUAUAGGUCACUGUAACUUUAUGUACAUCUGUCUGACUAUGCAAGGGUUAAUUCCUCCAUGCCAUAAUUCAGCCUUAUGUAAAUAAGUGAAGACUGUGAUGCUUAAAAUGCUGUUUCAGCUUGAAAACAGAUGUUAUAUAAAUUCAGACCUUGCUGUGUUUUUUGGUUUGAGUUUCUUUGCAUUCCUGCAGUUUGUCUACUCUGCCCUUGACAACUUACUCUCAAGGUUAUAACCCUGCUUCUAGAUAGCUCUGUUUUAAUAGCCUUUUCGCUUCCUUGAAAGAUUUGCUCUGUUAUUAUUCUCUACUUUAUCUUAUUCUCAGGCUUAAUCUUUGACCCAUAUUCACUGGUAAGGGAGUAAAGCCACAGUGACGCCCCUCAUAAUGAGUGAAAUUAAAUGACAUGAUUCAUUAUUACAUACUCACAUACUUACAUACUUUAUUAUAAUGAGGAAUAAGAAAGUUAUUGUACUCCUAAAAUAAACUAAAGCUGAGCCCUAGAAAUACAGAAUAUUAUAUUUACUAUAUACCGAGUUGCUCACAGUCAUUGAAUUUAGCUCUUCAGUAAAAUAAAAGAUCUGAAAAUAUGGCGGUUUUGCAUUUAAACCCAUUAAAUCUAACUUAUAAUGCUCUCUGUAGGUCUAAUAGUUAACUCCAAGACUAAAUUGCUGAAUGUCUACAAAUUUCUGUUGCCAAAUACAGGAGACUGCCUGUAACCUCAGAAUGUCACUUUUAUUUCCUGGUCUGUGGUUCGUAGGUUUCAUUUCUCGUACAUUGCCAUCUCUCGCCACAGUCAGCACAUUAUAGGCCUUAGUCUCAAGUUCAUUGCUGGUCAUAGCUUACUGUUUCUAAUCUGAAAACGCUAAACUGCAACGUACAUCCCAUUGUCUGCCUUGCAAUAGGACUAAAUCACACCACUCUGUUCAUCUCUAUGGAGGUGUGUACACCUAGGAAGUGCCCUAAAUGUGUGCUUUAGGAAGAAAAAAUAAAAACCCCAAAAGAAUGCAGGAUGGAUAUGCUGGCCUGCAUUUCCCUGUAAACUGUAGCCAGUUUAAUUAAUAACAGCCAUGGCACUUCCUUAAUCGCGCUUGGUGUGCUGCUGUCUAGUGUCUUUUUUGUUUUUACUCCUAAUGCCUGGUAAUGUGAUCUUAGACAUUGCAACUUACUGCCUGAACACAUGUAUUGGUCUGAUUCCUUUAUUUGCUAUAUUGGUUCUGUCAUAAACCCCCAGCUGCCUCAUAAACCUGCCUGCUCAGCCCUUUGGGGAAAGUGUUGCUUGUUGUCGGUGAAGAUCUAAUGUUGUGUUAGCAGAUAUCUACACACUAGGGUUCCUGAUUACGACACAUAGAUCUCUGGCUACAGAUAGAAAUCAGAGGGCAUGCCGUGUUGACUUGCUUAAUUAUGCAAGGGUUGUUUUCAUAUCUUAGUAAAUAAGAAACGUCACUUAUUUUUGCAAUGUUCUGAAAGAGGAAUACACUCUUAAAAUCCCAAAUGGAAGCAAUAUUUUGUGUCAUGGGUAUUGAUUUUCUACAUUACCCUUCGGCGCCUGCAUAGAAUCUCUAAACGAGUCAGGGAUUUCAGCAGAAAACACCUACACCUGGUUCUAUCAACAAAGGGAGACAGUGGGAUUGCUCUUAUAACAGCAGAACGGGUGCCUGCAGGCUAGAAAUACAGACAAUUCAAAUCCUCAAAAGACACCCCAGGGUGGAUUUACAGCCAUUUUAUCUAAUGCAUCGAGAGGUAAUGAAUGGAAAAUAAGAUAGAUCUGAAUGUCCCUGAUUUUCAGUCUCUUGUCUCCUCAUAUGUCAUUGCUGUGUGUCUAACCUGAGUGCCUAGCCCUGUUUAUCAGACCCUGGAAUCACUCCUUUCAUUACAGUGGGUUUCCAGGCGGGCAGGGGUUAAUGAUCUACAUGGCCUCCCAUGGCAUCAGCAUGGUGCCCAGGGUAACAGUGAUUUUUCUAGUAAUACCCCUGAGUAUGCAGGAUCCGGGGAGUUUGGCGAAUGCCAACUUAUUAACCGCAGCUGCAGGACAAAUGACACGCACAUGCCACAUUACACACAUCUCUGUCUAAUAUAUUAUUAUUGGUUAUUAUUUAUAUAGCGCCAGCUUAUUCCGCAGCACUUUACAAUAAGAGGGAAUUUACCAAAAUGAGACAAUAGCAAAAUGUAACAGGAACAAUAGGUAGUUAAGGACCCUGCUCAAACGAGCUUACAGUCUACAGGAGGUGGGGUAUACAAACACAUUAGGAGUGGGUAUUGAGGGAGACAGCAAAUAGACAUGGUGGGAGAGUAGCAGAACUGGAGGUGAGAGUGGAGUGUGGCCCUUUAGGAGAGAGCAAGAGGAAGGAUUGAGAGAAAGAAGUUACUCUUGGAGGCCAUAAGCAAUCCUGAAAAGAUGGGUUUUGAGGGACUUCUUAAAGGAUUAGAUAGAAGGGGAUAGUCUGACAGGGAUAGAGAGGUUGUUCCAAAGGAAAGGAGCCGUCUGCGAGAAGUCUUGCAGGCGUGAAUUUGCAGUAAGGGUGCGAGCAGCAGACAGGAGAAGGUCACCAGUAGAGCGGAGAGACUGAGCGGGGGCAUACCUAUGAAUCAAUGAAGAAAUGUAAGAGGGGCUAGAGUUGGUUAGGGCUUUAUAGGUAUGGGUUAGUAUUUUAAAUUGACACCUGUAGGGUACAGGAAGCCAGUGUAAGGAUUGACAGAGGGGUGAGGUGUGAGAGGAGCGACAGGAGAGAAAGAUCAGCCUGGCAGCAGCAUUCAACACAGAUUGUAGGGGGGCAGUACAGCUUCUGGGGAGACCAAUUAGGAGAGAAUUACAGUAAUCCAUGCAAGAAAUUACUAGAGCAUGAACAGGCUCCUUGGAAGUAUCUUGCGUAAGAAAGGGGUGUAUGCGUAUAUAACUUAGAUCACAUAAAAGCAUACAAACACAGCAUACAUCAAUCAUACACUUCAUAUAUGUUGUAGAGACAGAUCACACAUAUAGAAAGCACACAUCACAUAAACAUAACACAUAUUUAAGAAGUGAACAGCCCAUUUAUUAAGGGUGUACACUCCAUUUUUUUGUUAAUUACUUGCUGUGGAGGGCUCAUUAGAACCAGUUGUUUAGCACAACUGACAGGUUAUUAUUAAUUAAUAAGUACCCGAGUAAGACUAUUAAAUAGACUCCAAUCAAAUUUCAGAAAAGUGAUUCUAAAACAUUUUUUACAGGUUAACUAUUUUUGUAUUCCUGGCAUCAGAACCACUGCAAUAAAAUAAAGUUGUUUUAGUGCCUAGAAUGUCCCUUUAAUAGGGGCAAUCAAGUGGUAGAAGACUGACCAACUCCUGUGCUGUUUAUUUAUUUAUUACUGGUGUUUAUAAACUACCAACAUAUUCCGCAGCGCUGUACAAUUAGUGGAGAACGUACAAUAUACACAGACAAAUACAAAAGUUAGAGAGGGCCCUGCCCGUAAGCAGAGAUCUAGCCUUUUAAGCUCUUUUAUAUAAAGUGCUUAGCUAGAUUGCCCGAGAGCUUACAAUCUAAAGGAUACAGUGGGGAUUUGAAACAAGAGGUAGCAGGGUAAAUUUGGAAGAGUUGGCUAAAACAAGUUGUAACGGAUCACCUGGCACCCCGACUGGGUACCUCCGUUGAAGGAUGCUCCUAGCGCUUCCUGAGGACUCCAAGCACUGCAGCAGACACCACAACCACUGAACCGGAGAAGCAUAUGAAUGCUCUCAAGCAUAUGAAUGUUGUAUACAGCCGAAUAGGAAAAACCAUGCGAAUAAGUUUACACAAAAAGAAAGAACAGUGAACACACGGUUCAGCGUCUCUGUGUAUACACCCGUAUGAACUGCCCCCCGGGCCAAAACCCAGGGUGUAGUGACAGAUGCCACACAGAGACCAAUGUACCAAUAUGGGACUCCAGAAAUCCCAAACGGGGCUUAACCCCAAGAAAACAAGAAACAAAAUAUAUAGCAAAAUGCAGUCAGUCUCCCUAUGUCAUAGGGACUAACCACAUAUCUGGAAAUGGCUAUAGCGAUAGAGUGUUGGAUGAAAAAAUAUAUAUAACUAGAGACCCAAAAACAAAAAAGUCAAAUGAAGUGUAUACAAAUGUGACUCAAGUUCCAUGCCAAAUAAAGAGGGUAUGCACGGGGAUAAAGAUCAGCCAUCUAAUAUUAUAUCAAAACCCUAAAUUAUCAGCUUUAUUAUAUUACACUAUAAGGGUAUGAGUAACAAAUGGUUAAGUCCCCGGCUAGAUACCUCACUGACAAAGGAGGCAACACGGUCAUCUUAAAUAAAUCAGAUUAUGUUUCAAUGGUACAUAGACUAAUCGGAGAUAGGGAAACAUAUGAAAUACUAAAGGGCGACCCCACACAGAAAUAUCUUGCUGAAUUAAAAACAAUUCUUGACGCGGCAUUAUCCUUAUCCUUAAUGUCUAAGGAUGAAUAUAAUUUCAUGUUUGUUAAGAAUCCGGUUACCGACACAUUUUAUGCACUUCCGAAAGUACAUAAACAGCAACCUAUACUAAAUGGAAGACCUAUAGUCUCUGGCAGAGGGAAUCUGACCCAAAACAUAAGUCUAUAUGUGGAUCAGAUCCUAAGGAAAUUUGUGUUUGAACUCCCUUCAUACUUAAAAGACACUAAACAUACAUUAAAUAUCAUAGAAGAGAUUAAAAUCACUGGCCAUGCUAUCCUCUGUAGCCUUGAUGUGGAGAGCCUUUAUAGCUCAAUACCACACGAGGUGGGUUUACAACAUCUUCGAGCAAUUCUGGAUAGCAAACCAAUGUUUUCAUUAAGACAUAAUGAGUUUGUCCAUGAUCUGAUGCAGUUCAUUUUAACACACAACCAUUUUAUCUUCCAGGGGAAAUACUACCACCAGGUGAGAGGAACAGCUAUGGGGACGGCUUGUGCCCCCUCAUAUGCCAACCUCCACCUGGGGUGGUGGGAGAGCAGUAUGGUGUUUAAUGAACAUAUGCAAAAAUAUACAAGACAUAUAAGAAUAUGGAAAAGAUACAUCGAUGAUGUAUUGAUCAUAUGGACAGAUACCUCUGAACUCUUCUUAGAGUUUGUCAACAAUUUAAAUCUAAAUCAUAUCAAUCUGAGACUGACGAGUGAAAUUGGCGGUAACAAAAUUAACUUUUUAGACCUUACCAUUUCCCUGUCAGAUGGAGGGGUUCUUACAUCUACCCUCUUUCGGAAACCUACGGCAACUAACAAUCUGCUGAACUGGACAAGCUACCAUCCACCCUCCCUGAAAAAAGGGAUUCCAGUUGGACAGUAUCUACGACUAAGACGCAAUUGCUCUACCGUAGAAGAUUUCAAACUGAAGGCGAAGACUUUGCAAUAUCAGUUUAAACAAAAUGGGUACCCAAAUAAAUGUUUAAAAAAUGCAUACAAACGGGCAUUAUUGGCAGACCGUAAAGAUCUCCUUUGUGAGAGCAAGGCAGAUCCAACACAGGAGAUCAUUAGAUGUAUAGGCAACUUCGAUGCAGGUUGGCAUCAAAUUAUGAGUAUCCUCGAUAGGUUCUGGCCCCUUCUACACCAAGAACCACACCUCCAUAGGGUGAUUACACCCAAGGCAUCAGUAACAGCAAGAAGGGGGCGUAAUAUCAAGGAUAUACUAGUCCCUAGCCACCUCAAAACAGUAUCUCCAAAACCUUCGUGGUUGAAGUCUCCCGUCUUAGGCACAUAUCAAUGCGGUAGGUGCAAGGCGUGCAAAUUUAUACAUAGACCCUCUAAAACAUUUACAGACUCUUCGGGCACACAAGAAUUUAAAGUGCGUAACUUUUUUAAUUGCCAGUCUAAGGGCCUGGUAUACCUACUUAUAUGCUCGUGCAACGAGUUAUAUGUGGGAAAAACCUUUCGUAAAUUUAAACUCAGAAUUAGGGAACAUGUCAACUCAGUUAAUCCCGGAAGACACAUUGACACCCCAAUUUCUAAACAUCUGAAGUUCCAUCAUGGGGGGUCCCCAACAGAGAUUAGAUUCUGUGGCAUCGAAAGGGUUACACUUGGUCCAAGAGGAGGAGAUCUAGAUAAAAAAUUACUUCAAAGAGAGAGCUUUUGGAUUUAUAAGCUCAAAACCUUGGCACCAUAUGGAUUAAACGAGGGUUUUUCCUAUACACCCUUCAUUGCUGUUUAAAGUACCUUGGUCUGAAAAUGUUUUGUUUCUCGCCCCCAUCUCUCUCUAAUGACUCACAUAUGAUAUGUAUGUAUUUACACUUUCGUAAAAUAGCUGACUAUGUCGGAUACACUUGUAAAUUUUGUAAUAUAGCGUGUGUAGUGUUUAAUUUAUAUAUGUAAAUACACUUAAUUUUUCUUUCAGUAUUUUUUUACAGUUUCGAUUAUUAUUGUAGACAUGGAUGUCACUUUAAUGACCAUAUAAAUUUAAUGUUUCAAAAUGCAUAUUUGUGACAUAUGUAGAUGGGCAUACUUCUCUUUAUGUAUCUUCCAUGUUCAUACUCCAGGUGAUCAUUAUGGAGCACUCAUAUUUAGAUACCUGGACAUUUUAAGAAUAUGGAAGCCCAUAUACAUAGUUAGUUUUCAUUUUUGAAUUCACAUAUUUGAUUCUAUAGGCUUUUACAAUAAGAUGUAUCAUUGGAACUGAAUACUUACCUCUUAUUUGUUAUUCGUUUGUAUUAUUAUAUACAUCUAGGUUUGAUUAACAGUUUCAGGAGAUUCUGCUGAAUCACCAUAUUCAUCUUUCAUGUAUAUAUUUGAUCUAUAAUGCUUAUUAUUAUCUUUGCAGAUGAUGCAUCUGAGCAACAACCUUAGAUUUUCACGAUCUGGAUAUUCUCCGUUUUGUGCGAUCUGGGUGUUAUACCCUAGAGAGGGCACAUUGAUAGGUUCUAUUAGGGGUAUUUUGGGAUGCUUUACUAUAGACACUCUUGUCUUUAUACAAAUCCCUGACUCCUUCCCACUAUUUGACUAUUGGUAAUUUUAAUUGAUUAUUCUCAAGGUCUUUGAAUAUGUCCUCCGGUCCGAUGCGCACCCGCCCACCUACUUGUGAGGGGCGGAGUAAUCUAUAGCUGUAAUAGGGGUUUGCCGUACAAUUUACAUGCCGAAUCACGCCUACUACGUGACCCAGCUGGCUUUCCGUUCUGUUGGCCAAAACACAUGAUCCACAAUAUACCGGGUCACGUGUCCGGCAUUAAGCCCCGCCCCCAGACGUACUCCGUGACUCAUUAGGACACGACCAUAGAUCGGAGAUUAUGUACAGCUGGGUAUGCACACCCCCAGACCCUAUUGGUCUAAGACAUUCAUGCCUCUUGAUAAUCUUUGUAUUUAAGAGACCCUUAACUAGUCUCCUGUUGGCCCCUGACGAAGGAGCUCCUCUAUAGCACCGAAACGUACGUCGGGCAUUUCCUUCUCAUAUUUUUUAUAUGAGCACUGGGCACUGGUGUUUGUAGCACCAUGAUCUAUAUCUAACACUUAUCUUUAUUUUUAUCUAUUUCCUAUGCCUGUCUAGUUAGAUUUACAGGGAGAGAGGCUUUGCUUAAUUGUAAAUAUCAGUCUGUUUUUAGACUGAAAACUAACUGUUUUUCACUUUCCAUCUCUCCAUUUUACCUUUACUAGCUCUAUUGUGAGCAUUUUGCUAUACUAACUAUUGACACUUCAAAGUGGGGUAUCUAGCCGGGGACUUAACCAUUUGUUACUCAUACCCUUAUAGUGUAAUAUAAUAAAGCUGAUAAUUUAGGGUUUUGAUAUAAUAUUAGAUGGCUGAUCUUUAUCCCCGUGCAUACCGUCUUUAUUUGGCAUGGAACUUGAGUCACAUUUGUAUAUACUUCAUUUGACUUUUUUGUUUUUGGGUCUCUAGUUAUAUAUAUUUUUUCAUCCAACACUCUAUCGCUAUAGCCAUUUCCAGAUAUGUGGUUAGUCCCUAUGACAUAGGGAGACUGACUGCAUUUUGCUAUAUAUUUUGAAUAAGUUUACACUCCUAGCAGUCAAACUGGAACAGCAUACAAUAAAUCCUCCCCCAAUAAUGAGACGACACUUCACUUUGAGGGUUAAGCAGGAACUGACUAGACUGGCACAUACAGCCUCUUUUAUUCCCAAUCCACAAACUUAGUACUGCCCACAGGGUUUUACAUAACCAAUAACACACGUACAUUACAGAAAGACACUCCCACACAAAAUCCUCCCCUCUGGCUGUGAUAUGAUUACUGAACACAAUGGUUAAUCUAAUUAUCACAGCCAGAGAAAUACAGUUUUUCCACAUUAUUCAUAACUUGAAAGUAUGCAUCACAUUCACAUUUCAGAAUCAGCAUACUCCAAAUACAAACAUAUGUCAAAAUCAUACAUAUUGGUCCAGUGGUUCAAAAGUUAAGGAAAAGUCCUAUUUGACCAAAUGCAGCAUGGCUUUUCUGCCCAAAACCAGUUCCACAGAGUCUUCUAUCCUGGAGAUAAUUGGGGAAGUAAUCCAAUUAUCUCCAGGACAGAGGCAAAACUCCAUUAGCCACAUGGCAGCAAAAGACAAUAAAACACAUAAAAACAUAACUGUGCAGCCAUUGCACAAAACAGGUACAUUCAACAUAUCCCCAGAUAGCUCAGAUCUGAGCGCACAUUAUUACUGAAUGGCGCUCAGAGCACACACAUACAGUUCAAUUGCCAUGGAGCCAAAGUCUUUCCCAUAGUCUUUCAUUAUACAAAUGGGCUCCAUGGCAUAGCUAUCUGGGUAACACUGCUCACAUAGGGAAAGUACCAAAAGACCCAGCUUUUGGGUCUUUGCAGGAGAAAAUCCAUCCUUUCAACAUGGGGCCAUAGUCACAGGGCAGGAGGCCGGCAAUCAGUCUCCAAUGCCCAGUGGCGAGGCUCGUUCUGCCACACAAGUUAACAGAGAGUUACAGCUAUUGGUAAAAUAUAAAGGGAAUGAGGAGGUAAUUGAGUGAGACUCUCAAACAGCUGGAGGAACAUGCUAUAUAUUUAGGGGGAACCUGGGUGGGUGGGUAGUGCUGAGAAAAAAUGCAGAGCUUCAGUAUUGUUGGUUGUGGUAGUGUGAGAUGAGACCUCUGAAAAUAAAGGUUUUUUUACUUAUCGGAAUCCAGUGCCGAAAUGCACGCUUCUCUUGGGACGUUGUGCAUCUCUGGUUACCUUUGGAUCACAAACGGUGCUGUGGUUUUAAAAUCCGUGUUUAAAGCACUGCUCCAUUUCUAAGGGUGAUUGUAAAAAUGCAGGAUGAAGCAUUAUACCUAUUUGUGUUUAUAUGCAUGUCAAGCUGGGGAUUCUGGGAGAAUUGUGGGAACAUUAUUUCUUGGAAUUGCUGGUUCCAAGGCAGACUCUCUCUAUAAGUAAAAAUAUAUAAAUAUUGCUUAUCGUACACAUCAAGUGUGCGUAUCUCAUAUACAUUGUGAAAUAUCUGCAAUUGUUAUGUAAAGAAGUGUAUUAAUGUGUAUAUUUUUGGGGAGGAUGGCCAUAGACUGACUGGCCCUAGGGCAGAGACGAUAAUCUAAAUACAUAAUUGAUAUGUGUCUAAAGCACAAAAUCACAUAUUCUCAAUCAUUUAUCAUUUCACUGAAGGAGAAAAUUGUGCACAUGCACAGUAUAUCUGUCAGUAGCAUUGCAGUCACAAAAUAAAUAAGUCCCUCGUAGCUUCUUUUCAGUUGUGCAAGUGAUUCACAUUCUUUCAAUGAGUAAGAGGAUGCCUGCAUUUCUGCCAACAUUUCAAAUGGACAAAGAGGGGGGACACUUUAAUAUUAGGGGUGUGAGUGGGCGGCUGUUUUGAAAAAUUGUAGGUGACUUGCCAAUAACAAUUUGUACAACUAAAAUAUAAUUUAGAACAAGAACAAUGUAUCUUAUUUACACAGACUGAUUUCUAAACAUAUUUAUUGUAGUUUAAAGACACACUACUGUGAUUAUUAUUGAUGUGGAGCUCUAUUAUAAUUGAUGUGGGAGGGUCUGGGAGGGAGGGUCUGCUGCUGAUUGGCUGGGAUGUGUGACUGUGAGGUACAGGGUCAAAGUUUGCCGCAUAUGUUCUCCGUCCGUGGCGAACCGUUCGGGGCAUCACUAGUAGUGGGUAUGUGAUUGUUGCUGCAUUGUGGAUCUUCUCAUUCACUUAAUUGGGAUAAUUCUGUGCAGAGACAGAGCUAUUUGAACCAUACACUUCACAAUUAAUAUGGGAUCCCCUUGUUAUAUUUCCACAGUUUCCACUUUUGUGAAUUAAUCCAAAUAACACAACACAUGCCCUUUCUUGUCUAUGUAAAAAAAAGAACAAAUAAAACAUGUUUUUUUCUAUUUAUUUUCAAACUACCUAAAUGACACAUAUUUUCCAAUUAUAACGUGUUUUAAUAGAUUGACCUUCUAGUUCCUAAGAAGAUCACAGGAAUUAUCACACAGGGUGCAAAGGAUUUUGGAACUAUUCAGUAUGUGGAAUCCUUUAAAGUGGCUUACAGUGACAAUGGCACAACAUGGAUAAUAUAUAAGGACAGUCGGACAAAAACAGAUAAGGUAUGCAACUUUAAAUGUCGAGAGUAUGUACUGACAAUCCACUAUAUAAUAAACUCAUAUAAAAAUGAAAGAGGUGAAAAUGAGUUACAAUAAUGAUUGCUUAGUUGAUGUACUCAUUUGCAUUUUAGCCAGCAAAAUUUAGAUACACUGUAUAUAAAUGUACAUGGAACAAAUAAAGGUUGAAAAAAAAAACACGUUAAAGUGUAUUUUUAAUGUGAGUCAGUCAAUGUGCUAAAAUAGGUGUAAUUUGGGAAUAUAUUAGUAGCUAUGACAUUUACAAAUAACUUUUUUUACUAUAAACUGUAAUGCUAUUAUUACAGAUAAAGUAUUGAAAAGUUGUUCUGUCCGCAUGCAAAUUGCAAGAAUUUAGAAUUUUCACAUAUUUCUCAUAACAAUCCCAUGCCUCCCAACAGACUCCUCUCUUGCCGUUUGAAGUCCCAGAUUUGUUUUUUAGAGUCUCACUUCUGGGUACACCAGAAACAACUUUCAGUAGACACGCUAGUGCUGUGAAUUCAUGAAAUUCAGUCUAACUGUGCUCUGUCUGUGACCUACCCUAAUUGGGGCUGUCUAUUGGGCAAAUUUUCUGUGCAGACAAUGCUCAUAGCAUCACUGGUAUGCCAUGUUUGGUCCUCCCCAGUCCCCACAUCCUGCAUUUAUAUUUUCCAAUGUCCUAAAAUAAUGCUUUGUGUAUUAAAUACUCAUCUUAUUAUAACAAUCCUACUAUAAUAGCCUGACGAUUUUAUUGCAUCUUAAUUUUAACUUGUAAAUUGCACUACUCUAUAUCUUCACAGACAUUCCUCGGAAACAGUGACAACUAUACGCACAAGAAAAACAUGUUCAACCCACCAUUUUCAGCACGCUUUGUGCGUAUCCUUCCUCAGUCAUGGCAUGAACGCAUCACAUUGCGCAUGGAACUACUGGGAUGCGAAAAUUAAAUACAGACUGAAGCUGAUUGAACCGUCACUGCGCACAUAAUGUUCAACCUACUUUUUCACUGCUUCUCUCGUUUUUUGGAUUCCACCUGCUGCUAUGACAUGAAAUCACCUGAAACUAAGACUUUUUAUGCAGUGAUAAAAUUAUCUGUAUUUACUAAACAGUCAGGUGACGAGCAUCACUUGUCGGAAGUCUCAUAAAGCUGACGAUUUCUUUGACUUCCUGUGCUUCCACCAGUUCCUUCAAAUCAAAUGUAAUUACAUUUAACCCGCAAUCCAUUGAUAAUGUACUGACAUGAGUGGGAUACCUUUCAAUGUGGGAUAUUUUAUGUAAUGUAAAAUGUGUAAUGUGCACUUUGGUUUAAAAAAAAAAAAAAAAGAUUUUAUUAACCAGUUCAGUAUUUUAGCCAUUUCAGUGCCACAAUAGUUGGAGCUUGGCUUGAUAUGCAGUGAUCACCUCUGUGCAAAUUAAUGGGUUAUAAACUUGCAGUUAAUUCAUUUGGAGUAAAGCUAAUCAGAUCAAUUCUCUUUGGUGUUUUUUUUUUUUAGUAAUUAGCCACUUUUGUGUUAAAUUAGAGUUUUCUGUGUGUUCUUUACACAUGUGUAUAUAGUAUGUGCAGUUUUAAUACACAUAUUUUACUUACUAAAGAAAUUGUCUGCUAAAGCUCAUUGACUU